AAUCCAGUUGCCUCUGAAAGUGUCAGUCUUCUAAAUUCUGCAAGCAUUUUCUAUCCUAUGUACGUAUUAAUGUUAUAAACUGGCUGACAUUUCUUGAGUGUUGUGUAAUGAAUGUAGUAACCAAAAUGGGUUAGUCUGAAAGCGAAAUGCUACAAGCUAAGUGUUUAUUUUCCUAUUCCAACAUGCGACAUGAUAUGAUUAGAUGCUCUGUGCUCUAAUUUUCCUCUUUGCUACUUGCUGUCACCAGCAGUUGGAAAUUGCAGAGAUGUUAUUUUUAACAAGAAGGGAUUAUUUUAAAAUUGUCUAAACAGAUUCACAUUCCAUCGCCAGCUGUUGUCCUCCUAAACAAAUUUUGUGUGUCUUAGCGGAGCGUAUAGGCCAAUAGAAAGAAGAAGGAAAAAAAGGAAUAUUUCCAAGUAGGAUAAUUCAUACAAUAGAUUCAACAUUCAAAACUUGGAAGAGAAUAUUAAACAUGAACAGAAAGUGUUUGUGCAACUUUGCAUUUUGGCAACUGUAGUCUCCCAAUUUGAAACAUCAAUAUGAACGUAUGUUAAAAUUCUCUUAAUUGCACCCACUGCUCAGAAAUCGAUGCAUUAUAUCAUGCCCUAUUCAUGUGGCAGUACAAUGAUUGAUUUGAUUUUCUCCCUUUUAAUUACCCAACAGCACUAGCACUAAGAUAUGGCUUCCUUUACACAGGGCAUACAUUAAUCUUUGGUUUGUAUCAUUAAAAAAUGCAUGCGAAAAUGCAAUAAAGAAUGAAAAUGUAAUGUCUAGGUGUAUUUUUUUUUUCUUUGUUUUUUAAAUUUAUGAUAUCUUAGAGCAGUUUAAAUUUUCUCCACUGCUGCAUAUCUUUAAUGGAAUGCUCCCACCCCCAUAACAUUUUCAGCUUGUUGAAGUUUUUAUGGGACAGGAGUGUCUGCACCAUAUUCCAGUACAUACUAUUUUUUUCCAUUUCCCAAUACUGUACGUACUAUCUCUCUGUGGGCGUCCAGUGAUGCUCAUUGGUGCUUUCAGCCUAUCAUCGGCCGCCAGCAAACAUUCUUCACCUACAGUGGCCAAAGGAAGGAAGCUGGGAAGCAGCUGUGUUGGGCGCUGUUGUGAAAUGGUUUUACCCAUGCAGGUUAGAUAGCUGUCGCACUCUCCUUCCCCUAUUAUUAUGGGAGCAGGAGUGUACCUUUUUAAAGUGCAAGAAAAUUAGGCAAAUGCAUUUCAUGGCUAUCCAGAUAUAUUUAAAAUUCAAACUUUUAUUUCCCAGAUUGUGCAUUUGUCUUGCCAGUAUUAUGUCUAAUUAUUGAAGACAUCUAAAUUAAACUAUCUUUGUAGUAGACUGUUUCCAGACAAUUUUUCUGAAUAAUGCCUUGACGUAGGGAAAGAAAAUAGAGAUACUUACCAGAUAAUUAGCAAUUUUGGAACAAUAUGCAAUAUCAUAAGGGUGAGAGUAUUAUUUAAUUGGAUCUUCAUAAUUCGCUGUGACAAUGCACGCACUCUCUUUACUGUAGCCAUGGUUACGGGUUUCGUGCUACAGUGCAUGAAAUCUUACCAAACUUCGCUCUUAUAUAUUAUCAUCUCUUAAAGUGCAACAAAUUAUUAAAGGGACAAAAAAAAAAAAAAAAUCUAUUGCUCUAUGUAGUUAUAUUGAAUACAUGGAUAAUUCAGAGAUGGGUCAGCCGAGCAGAUUUAAUCCAUUAGACUGAUAUUUAGCUGAAUGAGCAAUCUUUGUGCUGCAGCUAAUCUAAUCACAUAUUGAAGAAACUACUGUAAUUUUGUCUACAGUAGAGAAGAAUUCAAGUGCAUCUCAUACGUUAAUAAAGCUAAAUGUGUUUACUUGGUUAGUAAAAUACCAAACAAGAGCCAAGUUGGCAAUGCAAAGCAUGCAGUCAAGAAAGGCUCAACUUGUAUUGUGAGGGUAACACAGAAUUCAGUGCCAAUAGCAUUCUAGGGAUUGUGGGAUAUAGUUGGCAUUGUUUCGGGGGUGGAACAGCUGCAUGUACAGCCAGUGGCGUACACAUGACCCAUGGGGCCCCGGUGCAAAAAUUGAUCCGCGGCCCCCCCCCGCGCGCUUACUCGGCGCGGAUCGGGGCUGCAACCCAUGGCGGCGGGCACCAGGCUGCGACCCCGCGAAUGCGGUAUACUGCACACACACCUAAAGGACCACUACAGACACCCAGAUCACAUCAGCUCAAUGAAGUGGUCUGGGUGCCAGGUCCCUCUAGUUUUAACCCUGCAGCUGAAAACAUAGCUGUUUCAGAGAAACGGCUAUGUUUCACUGAGGGUUAAUCCAGCCUCUGGUGGCUGUCUCAUUGACAGCCGCUAGAGGAGAUUCCGCGAUUCUCACUGUGAAAAUCACAGUGAGAAGACACUGAACGUCCACAGGAAAGCAUUGAGUAAUGCUUUCCUAUGGGCGGUUUAAAUGCCCGUGCGCGCCUCUUGCCGCGCAUGUGCAUUCGGAGCUGAGAGGUGGCGGGAUCCCCAGCGCCAAGGAAGUCCGGCGCUAGAGAAAGGUAAAUGCUGAAGACACACACUCUCACGAACAGACGCAUACACACUCAGUGACAGACAUACAUACACACUCACUUACAAAACAUACUUUCACUGACAAACACACACUCACUAACAGACAUCAGACACACUCAGUAACAGACACACCCAAUAACAGACACACUAACACACACACACACACUAACACGAAUACACACACACACUAACACGAAUACACACACUAACACACACUAACACACACUAACACACACUAACACACACUAAUACACUAACACACACUAACACUAAUAUACACACACUAACACUAAUAUACACACACUAACACUAAUAUACACACACUAACACGGAUACACACACACACUAACACGGAUACACACACUAACACACACUAAUACACUAACACACUAACACACACUAAUACACUAACACACUAACACUAAUACACACACUAAUACACUAACACACUAACACUAAUACACACACACUAACACUAAUACACACACACCAACACUAAUACACACACACUAACACUAAUACACACACACUAACACACACACUAACACACACUAACACACUAACACACACUAACACACUAACACACACUAACACACUAACACACACUAACACGAAUACACACACUAACACGAAUACACACACUAACACACACUAACACACACACACACACUAAUACACACACACACACACACACACUAAUACACACACACACACCUCUAAUACACACACAUGUUUUAUAAUCCCCCCCUCCUUACCUUUUGGGGUGCUGGGGGUCCCUGGUGCUGCUGGCGGCGAGGGAGCACUUUCCCCUCAGUGCUUCCUCUUCAGCUCCCUCGUGCGCCGCCUAGGGAUGCUGGAGCCGGAAGAUGACGUCAUCUUCCGGCUUCGGCAUCAGUGCGGUGCCCGAGGGAGCUGAAGAGGAAGCACUGAGGGGAAAGUGCUCCCUCGCGCGCCAGCCACCCAAACAGCCCGCCCGCCCGCUGGGGUCAGCAGGGCCAGCCUCGGGGGGCCCUGAGGUGGCCGGCUCCUGGGCCCCCCAGGGGAAGAGGCUGGCCCUGUGGCUACAUACCGGGUCGCAGGGGCGGCCGGGCCCCCUGGUGGGCCGGGCCCGGUCGCAGCCGCGACCCCUGCGACCCUGGUAUGUACGCCACUGUGUACAGCUGACCUAUACAGCCCAUUGCCCUGUGCUAUCUGUGGAAUAGAUCUGCAAGAACAAUCGACAGAUAAGUGUAUAUUUCAGUCUAUGUAUUUGCUGGGAUUAUUUUUACCAGUAAAAUGUUAAGAUUUUAGGGUCUAAUCUGCAAUUGACCUAAAAUGUGUAGUAUGUUUUAGUUCCAUCAUAACUUAAGGGUUUUUCUUUAAGCACACCCAUGCAUAUUCUAUACUGUUUUUUUUAUUUUAAAGGACAGAAAGGGAUUAUUCUAAUAUCCUAUUGGUAUACUUUUAAAUCCGAAGAAUAACUCAAAAUAGAUUUUCAUAUUUCUGUUCUGAAUGUUAAAUGUCCGAAAAUGACUAGAGAUAUGCUUAAACUACCACCAACCCUAACCUUAAAGGAACACUGUAGGCACAGUAACUUUCCAAACUUGCAAUAAUGCCAUAAAAAUGCUUUCCAAUUUUUUUGAGAUCUUGAAAGUGCAGUUUCCAGCAACGGCCCCAGACCCUCUAAAUCAAAGAGCCAUGAGACAUACUUGCCUACUCUCAUAUCCAAUCUCACCCUGAUGUCAGCAUGCAUAGCUGCUGAUGUCAGGGAAUUUUGGCCUUUCGUGUCAUGAAUAUUAGUACCUGGUGGUGAGUCUCAUUCUUCCCAUUGACCUACAGCUCAGAGGCCUGCAGUGUCUGCUGGGAGCCAGGCUUCCCCUUACGGAUAUACUGGCCGCUCUUGCCCUUCGCCCUUGUGCAGAUGGAAGCAUAAGCCCUGCUCCUCCUUUCUGGAAUUGGCUACAGUGUCUACUAGGCCAUACUGAUUGGCGAGAGCUGCAGAUUCGCCCUGGAUUCAAAAUGCUUCUUAAUGAGAAGCAUUGGUUUGGGCCAACGUCCUUGGACGUAAUGUCAAAAGAAACUGCGUGCUGUGAGGGGGACGACUGAUGGCUUUGGAAUAACGGUAAGUACAUGUUUUAUUUUACAAAGGAUUUAUUAGUAGAAGGGGGUUCAUGACUAAUACAAAAUAUGUUGGACACAAAGGUAUUGUUUUAAAUAGUUUUAUUGCACAGUACAAUGAUCCUUUAUCCCUAACCAUAAAACUGUAUUAACCCUUACUUGACACGAACGCUAACCAUAACUCUGAGGGAUUCCCUCUGAUGACAUCAGUACUGACAUCCGUAAAGAAAUUUCCCAGCUUGUACAGUAUAGAAUACUAUUACUGUAUGACUACAGAGGGUGGUCUUCAUCUUUUGCUGCAACUCCUGCUUUCUUUCCCUGCUGAUCGCACAGUGUUCAGUCCUAGAGAGCUGGUAAAGCCCAGUGCCAAUCACUGUCAGCAGAGAGACCCUAGGCUGAGAAUCACCAUGAGUGACCAUCGCUCAUCUACAGUGAUUAAAAGAGCUAUUUGCAUUGCUCACUUUUAAAGCUGCAUAUCGCUAAUCUGUAAAUCUGUGGCUCCAGUCGAGAAACAUGAGCCCCAGGUAUCGAUUUAUUCUUGGGCGUCCCUGAUAUGAGCAUGGUUUAACCAAUAACUGCAGGACGUUUCAUGCCCUUCAAAUUGUUUUAAAGUUCACGAUCAUUGGGGUUAACCUCAUUAAGAUUACAUUUAAAAUAAAAAUAAAAUAAUUUUGUAAACGGAUUGCAACCUAAAUGGAAUAUAUUUACAUUUUAUCCCAGGUCCAGGAACAAGAUGUUGUUCUUCAAUCAAUUGACCGUGCUAUUGAAGCAAUUCAUAAUGCAGCCAUGAAAAAUGGGGGGAAGUACAACUUGGAACAGAGAGAUGUUCUUCAGUAAGUACCCUUUGAGUUCCAUACUGUAAGGAAUUAAAUAUUUCAUGCAAGUAUCCUGUAUUUACCCCGCUGCAACAGUGUAUCAGACCACACUAGUGCAGAAUAUCUGGAGGGCCAAAGGUUCCCUACCACUGGUUUAAACAAUGACCUUCUUUUCUCUUUUCUUGUUUGUUUUGCUGGGAUAAAAACCUCAUGAUAUUACAUGUAUGGUUAAUUUACAGAGAUACACAACUAUGUGUUGCCACUGGCUAUCUAUAAAUUAAGCAUUGCAAGUUCAUGUAUUGUUUAUUGCUUUCGCUGACCCAUUAAGGAAACCAAGGAAUCCUCCUUGACACAAAUGGGACCAGUACAUGAGCAUGCAAUGCUUGCCAGGUACACAAAGGAGCUUGCUUCCAAAGAUGUACUUUCCAUGUAAAGCAUGUGCAGUAUGUCUGCUUAUUUAUACCAUUCAACUCAUAGAUGGAGGCGAUGGCUGCAUAUCUUUUAUAGUGAAUGUACACAUGCAUACUUGCUGCACAAGUUGCAGCUAGUGAACAGAGGGAUUCCAAGAAUGGUGCAAAAGGAGGUGGGAAAAAAAACCUUUUAACCAAUUUAAUAAAUAUUUUUUUAAUUAAGAGCAUGACCUUUCAUGUAUACAUUGUGCUAGCCAAAGUGUUAGCAAAUGUAUGGUUGAAUUUCUAUUCCCUGUUGUAUGGUUUUUGGCUGUGACAUUAGGAUUUGCUGUGGAAUGCCAAUUAUAACAUUUUGGAGUUCGCACUGUGUGGAAAAAAUCUACAGCAAGUACAUUUUUGAAUGGCAGUAGUUUAAGUUGGCCAUUUUUCUUGUAGCUAAAUUAAGCAUUUUAAAGUGAGCAUUUAUUCUUUGAUAUUGCACUUUUUAUUUUUCUCAACACUAUUUUAUUGCUUUUUAAUAAAUUUUUUUAUUUUUUCUGCUUUUACAUCUAUCAGGAAACUUAUCCAUCAUCGCAAAGAAACACAGAGUCGAAAUCUGCACUCGCCAACCUCUCAGUCGAAUUCCAUUACUACAUCUACCAGUGAUCACCACUUGGAUUCUGUGCGGCAGCCCAAUGGCGUAUGUCGUACUGGUUUUGAGCGCAACAUGAGCUUGCCAAACCCAGAAAUUCCAUUAGAUGGAGAAAAUCUUUAUCAGGUGAACAGAGUUGUCUAGUGUUUUAUGCUUGUAUGAUAUUGAGAUAUUUUCAUAAUCUUUUAAUAGACAUUAAAUACCAUGAACACUCUUCCUUCCGCAAUAAUUUUGUACCCAUAGUGGUAUCAUGCCCCUUUGAUGUUUAAAACACAUGCAUGGAUUAUGUACAGGCUCUUUGCUCACACUCAUGGCAUCAUGGGGAUAAAAAUCAGAUGUUAUGGUUGUGCCAGGACCAGCUAACUUGAUGAUGUGAAUGAAAAAUAAGUUAAAAAUGUUAUGGCACAACCCAUUGCAAAAAAAUGUGUUUCAUGUCUGGUUUGCAGAAAGACCAUAUGUGACACUGCUCCUCUAACCUAUUAAGAACACAUGACGUGUGACAUGUCAUCAUUCCCUUUUAUUCCAGAAGUUUGGUCCUUAAGGGGUUAAAGGGACCCUGUUGUGCUACAUGUGUAAUUCGUUUUAAAAUAAAUAUGGUAAGUAGGGCACAGAAGAGAGUGGCGUUUGCCUCUGUGAAAUACUUUCCUUCCUUAAAGGACCACUAUAGUGCCAGGAAAACAAACUCGUUUUUCUGGCACGAUAGGGUCUCCAGGUCCCCCCCUCCUGCCGGGCUCUAGGGGGUGGAAGGGGUUAAAUCUUACCUUGUUUUCCCCGCCGGCCUCCCUCGGCGCGGGGAACUCUACUCCUCCUUUUCGCCAUCAUCGGCUGGAUGCACAUGCGCGGCAAGAGCCGCACGCGCGCAUCAAACCAGUCCAUAGGAAAGCAUUCUUAAUGCUUUCCUAUGGACGCUGGCGUCUUCUCACUAUGAAAAUCACAGUGGGAAGCUCCUCUAGCGGCUGUCAAUGAGACAGCCACUAGAGGCUGGAUUAACCCAUAGGUAAACAUAGCAGUUUCUUUUAAACUAUGUUUACAGCAGAAAGGGUUAAUCCUAAUGGAUCUGGCACCCAGACCACUUCAUUGAGCUGAAGUGGUCUGGAUGCCUAUAGUGGUCCUUUAACAUACAUUAAUAUUUAAAUGGAUACAAGUUGAAAUUUUUGUUGGUGGUCAGAGGGGUGGGGGGUUGUAAGGUUUAUUUAUUAAACUCGAAAUUGUAGUAAAUGAAAAACAGAAUGUCCAAGCUCAGUUGAAACCUAAACCUCUUGUGUAACAUCUCCCUCCCUGCCCCUUCAUUUUACUUCUUACACAUUACUUUAGGAGAUCCAUGACAAAUAUAUAUUCCAGAAAAGACACGUCUGACUAUCCAUUUCAAAACAUGUUAUAACUCAAACAAUAGCUUUAAAAGAAUUGAAGAAGUGUUUUGAUUGUUUUUGUUUUUUUCCCAUGGCAAGCUUUUUAACUGUUCAUGCUUUCAUUUUGAAUAUUUGAAAUAUACACUAGCAAAAUCAAUACAGCAUGCAAACCUACUUGCUUUUAAUGCAAUUCACUGUUAUUGCUCAGGUCCCUCCACAAGCCAGACGAGCGGCCCCGGUCACUCCCCCACCACCUGAGAAACGGAAAAAUGCGCAAAGAACCCUGUCUACGAAAAGUAAGUACCUACUUAAUAGAAAAAAACUUUAUCUUAAACUUCAUGAACAUUUAAUUAAAUCUUCCUUAAUAGCUCCAGAUUUGUGGCUUAUACUCCCCCUACACAGGGGUUACAAACAGGUAGAUUCCCAGCUGUUGUGUAAGUACAGCUUUCAUAAUGGUUUGACAGUCAGUGGCCAUGCUUUUACAAUAGUCUGCAGAGUUGUGUAUUUACCGUCUGUGCAGGCCCUUCCUUGACGUCAUGCAGGGUGUGAAUGGCAAGCAUAUUAGACAGUUUUUCAUAGUUCUAAAUUUAAAGGUUGAAUUGAGCUUGAAAGGAAAAUUCGUUAACAGACAUAUGAGGUGCCAAGGUUAGCCAUCUCUGACCUACACAGCGGUAGAUGAAGCAUCAGUCAGUGGGAUUAUUUAGGGAAAAUUGUUCUUGUUAUGGGUGAAGCCAGAAUUAAUCCAAAUGCUUUGGUGUUCAAUAAUUCCCCUGAAAAUGUGUGUGGUUUCUGCAGUGCAUCAUAAAAGUUAAUUUAAGUCCUAAAGGAUUUUCUUUUCACUUAUUUUCUGUAACUCUAGAUUGUGUUGACGAUGGUUCAAGAUCCAUAUCUAACACGUCUACUGUAAGCAUCUCCUCGAUCGAUACCUUAGGCAACUCUUCUAUGGACUCUUGCCAUCCUACAGCAGCCUCAAGCCCAAGUAAUACCCCUCCACCUGUGCCAAGCAGAAGUGCUCACACUACAGUUUCCCAAAGUUUGGGCCCAACAGCAUUAUCCCUUGGAAUUAUAAACUCACAAAACAAGAUGGCCACACCAGGACCACCCAAUAAACUAGAAAUUGGCAGUCAAAGUAACAAACUCUCACAAGUAAAGAAGAUGGCUCCAACUCCGCCUCCUAGUGUGGAAGCUUUCAAUACCGUUAACCAGGAGAGUAAAGGCAAACUGUAUGUGAAAUCUGCAGCACAGGAAACCCCUGCUGGUGCCGUAACUGUUCCAAAAACAAUAAGUGCUGAGCUCAUCGAACUAGUUCGCAAAAACACCAACCUCAGCUAUGAACUGUCUCGGGUGGCUAUAGGCGUGGUGGUCGGCCACAUUCAGUCCUCUAUCCCAUCUACAGCUUCUGUCAUGGAGCAGAUCCUUAUCUCUCUAGUGGAAAAUAAGGUAAAUAAAAUGUAUUUCAUUCCCAACCAAAGAAACUGUAUUUAGAUAAAAUACCCUUUCAAAGUUUCCUUCCCCCCAUUAGUAUUAAUAGUUUUUGAAAGAGGACAUUGUGAUUCGCACUUGUUUACGCAUACUCUAGGACAGAGGUAGGCAACCUUCCGCACUCCAGAUGUUGUAGAUUACUCCCUUACCGCUGAUGCUUUGCCAGCGUUACGACUGUAAUAGCAUUAUGGGAGAUGUAGUCCACAACAUCUGGAGUCUCUAAGGUUGCCUACCCUUGCUCUAGGAUUUAAACAUUUAUUGUCCAACUAUGUACUACUCUUUCUGUAGGUCACAGAAAGCAUGAAAGACUUGGUUGAUCCAACAAACUUAUAACAUGUGAGUGUGGGGUAUGAUCUGGUUUCUUACUUUGUGUAUUAACCAUCUGAGUAAUCUAUAUACACAUAAAUAUGAAUAAAACUUACAGCAUAAUGAGUGCAAACAAAGCCAUAUCAAGAACAGGUUAAAGUAUUUCAAAACAAAUUAAAGGUUAUCAGCUUUCAAUAUUGUAUCAGUAAAAUUAAUGGAAUUUCCAGGAGAAAUGUAAUAUAGGCUUAAUAAAUGGUGGUUUUUUUCAGUCACCAGUUAAUGGCAAGUCCCAGUGGGCCAUUAGUCCAAUGACAUGGUGCUCAAUGAAGAUGCCUUGCAGAGCUGCCAUGAUUUGCAGGCUAAGACUACAGACAAAAGUGUGAUGUAUGCACCCUACAAAAUUUCCCUAACAUUGUUAAUCCAUGAGUAAUUUUUAAUCCAGUGACAAAAUGGCAUUUUCUUCUCAAGUAAAUAUAACUUUAAUGGAACACUAAAGUUUGUGUUCUUAAAGGGACACUAUAGUCACCAGAACAACUGCAGUUUAAUGUUUUUUUGGUGAGUAUAAUCAUUAUAUGCAGGCAUUCAGAGAAAAGGCAGUGUUUACAUUGCCCCUAGGGACACCUCCAAGUGGCCACUUCUCAGAUGGCCACAGGAGGUGCUUCCUGGCUCAGUGCUGCACAGUAGGCAGCUCAGCCAUUAACGCGCUGCAUGAGGACGCUGAAUUUUCUUCAUAGAGAUGCAUUGAUUCAAUGCAUCUCUAUGAGGAGGUGCUGAUUGGCCAUAACGGCGUUUGGCCUCGCCCCCUUGCCGACUUUAGCCAAUACAAUGCUUUCACUCACACUCACAGACACACUCACAGUAAUCUCCACGCCACUCAUUCCUCAUAGUGGCUGUCUGCGUGACAACCUAUGGAGGAGGCCAUUUUUUUCAGAUAAUUCAGUGUUUACAUUGCUACGGUCUCUUUGCACAACAUCACUGCAUUAAGAUUUUGGUGUUUUGUGUCUUUUUUUUUUUUUUUUUUACCAUUUAUGGUGCAGUUGAAUAUGGCAAUUUUAUGUUCUGUUUUUGUAUAUUUAAAUCAUUCUCUAUGUGUGAUUUGUUAAUCUGUAAAAGAUCUAUUUUUCCAGAUAAGUUUUUUUUGUUAUUCCUAGGUCCAUAACAUAGACUUAAUACUAUUGAAUCUUUCAUUAUUCUAGAGAACUGACUAACAUGUAGCUGAAAUGUUAAAGCUCACAUCCUUUGCCUGUGCCGUGCAUCUGCCAUUACGUACAAACUAUAAACCUAAAAACACUAACAUUUUAUGUCUGUAUUUUUGUCAGUGUGUCUGUACAUAUGUCUAUCAGUUGUAUGUGUGUCUGAGUCUGUGUGUGUAUGUAUGUAUGUAUGUAUGUAUGUAUGUAUAUGUAUAUAUAUAUAUAUAUAUAUAUAUAUAUAUAUAUAUAUAUAUAUAUAUCAAAUGUGUCUGUCAGUGAAUGUGUAUGUUUAGGUCACCAGCUCCCCUCUGAUCACAUGGGAAUGGAGUUUUUACUUAUGUUUAUUUUUUUUUACCAACUGUGUGCCUGUAUUGCUGCGGCAGGCACUCCUUCAUAGCUGAGAUUAGCAACGUUUAUGACUUCAGCCAAAACAAUGCUUUCCUAUAGGAAAGCAUUGGUAAGCUAUUGGGCAUGAGUGGCAAAAUUAUGCUAAAUCAAUGCAUCUCUGUGGGGAACGUUACACAUUGUGCAGCACUGAAUAGGACUCGCUUUAGUGGCUGUUUGAGUGACUGUCACUAGAGGUGUUACUAGGCAUAAUGUAAACACUGCCUUUUCUCUGAAUCAUGUCCAAUCAAUUUUUGUGAAAAGGCAGUGUUUAUAUUGAAAAGCCUACAGGAAUAGGCUAGAACAGGACUUCCCAAACUUUUAUGGCCCGAGACCCACUUUUCAAAAUGGUAAUUUUACAAGACCCACUUGCUUUUAAUGCAUAUUUUAAAAAGUGAAUGACAAUCAGCUUUAGAGGCAUACAAUUGGCACACCAUAGCAAUCCGCUUUAGAUGUACACCCUGGCAAUUGCUUUUAGAGGCAAAAAAUUGGCACACCGUGGCAUAUAGCUUAAGAGGCAUACAAUUGGCACACUAUAGCAAUCGGCUUUAGAGGCAUACAGUUGGCAUACCAUGGCAAUCAGCUUUAGAGGCUUACAAUUGGAACAUUAUGGCAGCUUUAGAUGCAUAAAAUUGGCACACCAUGGCAAUCAGCUUUAGAUGUAUAAAAUUGGUACAUUAUGGCAAUCAGUUUUAGGUGUAUAAACUUGGCACAUCAUGGCAACUUUAGGAGGCAUAAAAUUGGCACACCAUGGCAAUCAGUUUUAGAGGCAUAAAAUUGGCACACCAUGGCAAUCAGUUUUAGAGGCUUACAGUUGGCACACCAUGUCAUCCAGGUUUAGAUGCAUACAAUUGGAACAUCAUGGCAGCUUUGAAUACAUAAACUUGGCACACCAUGGCAACCAGCUUUAGAUGCAUAAACUUGGCAUACCAUGGCAAUCACUUUUAGAUGAAUCAACUUGGCACAUCAUGGUAAUCAGCUUCAGAGGCAUACAAUUGGCAAACAGUCAGAUGCAUUAAAUUGGCACUCCAUGGCAAUCAGUUUUAAAAGCAUACAAUUGGCACACCAUGGCAAUCAGCUUUAGAUGCAUAAUUUUGAUAUAUCAUGGCGUUUUAGAGGCAGAAACUUUGCACAUUAUGGCAAUCAGUUUUAGAGGCAUACAACUGCUUACUCACAGACUCAGUCAGAAUCAGACAUUCUGUGUCCUGCUCAUCCAGGCACCUCACAUUGAUUAUCCCAGUGGUGGAACUAAUGUAGAGAUGGCCCUGGUGCAAGUAUGCUUUCUGGGGCCCCCUCUAGUGCAAGUGUGGCCAAAAGGUAGAUCUCCAUCUGUCUGAGAACUUCAACAAUGCUAUGCCAGCUGGGAAUUUACCAUUUGGCCAUCGUUGCAGGGUUAUAUUUGUGAGCAGUGUUUGAGUGUUUAAAUGUUUGUGUAUUAAAGGACCACUAUAGUAAUAAACUCUUUUUCCUGGCACUAAAGUGCCCCGAGGUUGCCCCCACGCUCAGGGUCCCACUCCUGCCGGGCUCACCUUUCUCCAGCGCCGGGCUCCCUUGGCGCUGGGGACUCUCCUUCUCCUUUGGCCAUCAUCGGCUGAAUGCACAUGUGCGGCGAGAGCCGUGCGCACAUUCAGCCAGACCAUUGGAAAGCAUUCUCAAUGCUUUCCUAUGGACGCUGGCUUCUUCUCACUGUGAUUUUCACAGUGAGAAGCGCGGAAGCGCCUACCCUUCUUGAAUUCCCUGGUGAUCCGGUGGGUUAAUUCUCCGGUCUGAGCUCUGCUGGGUGCAGGGCAAGCCGCCGUGCUCCCUCCUGCUGUCAGUCUGCUUGCCCGAGUCCCCUGCGGCCAUGGAUGUGUGGGUCAGCGCGACCCACUGGGAAUCGCCCUGGGACCCACACUUUGGGAACUGCUGGGCUAGAACACCAGGGUCACUACAUUAAAGAACUGUCUACGUUUUUUGGCUGGCUCCUAGAUUCAAAGCAAAUUUGUCAAGCCCUGAAGUAAGUUACAUCUGAUUGAAAAUCAAACAAGUUUGUUUUCAUGCAGGCUGUAUCAGUCACAGCCAGGGGAGGCAUGGCUUGGGCUGCAUAAACAGAAACAAAUGUGUUCCACAUGUAUUCCAUUUGAGAGUUACAGAGGCCACUGUGCUCUUGAGCACCUUGAAUGCAGCCAAAAUUUGUUUUUGUCUUUUUAUGUAGCCUUCCCCUGAUCUGUGCCUCUACACAAUCCUGUCUCUGACCUCUGUAGUCAGUUCCUUAGAUCUCCUGGUUUGGUUUUUGCCCUAAAAUGCAUCUACAGCUGUAAAACCUUUUAUAGACAGAUGUGUGUGUCUUUAAAAAUCAUGUCCAAUCAAUUGAAUUUGCCAGAGAUGGACUCCAAUCAAAGUGUAGAAACAUCUUAAUGAUGAUCCAAUAAAUGGGAUGUAUCUAGCAAAGGGUCUGAAUACUUAUGCUAAUUUGAUGUUUGUUUAUUCUUUUCAAUACAUUUUCAAAUGACAAACGUUUAAAAAAUCUGUUGUUUGCUUUGUCAUUGUGGGGUAUUGAGUGUAGAUUGAUCUGAAAAAUUGAAUAAUUGUAGCAUAAGGUUACAACAUACAAAAUGUGAAAAAAUAAGGGUGUAACUGCCCCCUUUCUGGAUGGGUUUGCCCCCUUGAGAGGUGGCAUUAAUGCGAUUCGCUUCAUUGUCCCGCCCCCUUCUACACCUGUUCACUGGCAUACCACGUGCACAGACAAAGAAGUUGGCAAGUAUGGGAAAUGCGAAGAUCAUACUUCCACACUAUUGUACCAAGUUUAAAUAGUAAAUCAGUAAUCAUUGGCUGAGAGCUAUGAACUGACACUGGGUAUGAGCUGGUUUGGCAGUGCGGUAGUAUGAACGUUCAUUUUAUCAGACUAGAAGGACCAUAGAUGCCCAACACAGUAAGGUCAUUGUCAAAACAUUUCUAAAUGGUUUAAAAGAUUACUGCUGUAUGGCGUCUGGGAACACUUGGAAACAGGGUGACUAUAACGUUGUAGUAGCUAUAGUAUGUAGUGUCACUUUAAAGCUGGUUUAAUAUGGGGUUGUUCACUGAUAUCUCCUGGGUGUCAAUAUUAGCCAUCCUUGGCUUAAAUACUCUCCCACUCUUGCCUCCAUGUUCUUCAGCACAAAAUUAUUCUGCAUUACUACUUAAUUACAACCCACCCAGCAACCUAAUAAAUUAUGCAGCAUUUUCAAAUAGGUUCUCUGGAGAAUUAAAUUCAAUAAAAUAAAUUAAGAUCCCUUCCUGUAAAGCAUUCUGAUUGCAAUCUCAAGGGACGCCGUUACAUAGAUUUAGUUGGCUCAGUCUUUCAGUAAUCCACCUAAUUAUUCUGCUAAUUUUAUACUUUUUUUUUAUUUUUUUUAAAUAAUACCCAUCUCUUGCUUGAGAGCGUAACAGUUUCUGUUAGUUGAUUACACAUCUGCAUAUCUGGAUAUAUCAAUAUCUCUCUGCUACAUGAAAAGAAGCAGUAUUUGCGGUUGCCGCUUGCGGAUAUACUGCAAAAACAUUUAAAGCAAUUUAGGGGUCAGCGCUCCCCAAAUGUUUCCAUGCAUUAAACAUAUCAAGGAACAAUAUAGUCACCUAGACUACUUCAUCACAAUGAAGUGGUGUGGUUGCAUAUGUCCUGUCAUUUUUAACCCUGCAAUGUCAUUCAUUGCAGGGUUUUUUUUAUAGACUGCAAGGUUAAAUCCACUCCCUUGUACUGCCAGAGCAAGUAAAACUCAGUCUGAUAAUCAAAUGCUGCUCAUAGGAUCAGCAUUUGAUUGGAGGAGCGUGCCAUUUUCCCGCCAGUGUGGUUUACAAUCCAUUUCGUCUCUAUCGAAAGGAUUGGAUGAGAUCACAGGUGAUGUCAGCAUGCUUGGGCUUCCGGUUUUUGCACUCCUCAACAGUGUGAUAUAUUAUAGGAGGAUGGCUUCCAGACAGUAUAGGCAACACAACCCUUACUCAGCUCUAGUAGUUAUUUAUGUUAAAAUGCCCCUUUAAAAAAAGGCAAUUAAAGAAAUAAAGCUCACUCACUAGGUAAUUUCAGGUACGUGUGUUUUAUCCAACUUUAAAAAAUACAUUUAAAAGAUUUAAUUUUGUGCGUGUUUGUUUAUAAAUAUUUUUUGUUUGUUUUUAAAGAAAAAAGAAAACAAAACUGCAGAAUCUCACUGUAUCUUUAAUUUCAGUAGCCCUCCUGACAAGUAAAUCUAUAAGCAACGCAAGGGCAAUUUGUAUGUACACAGCAAGUCUGCUCUCUCUAGGGACUGUGUUUAUUUUCUCGUUAAGAUGUUUGAAGUCUGCUUGAUGUGUUGGUGUGUCACAAUCUACAGCUGUUUUGUAUUUGCUAUCAGAUCGUUUAUGGAAAUGUUGGCUGUUUAAUACCAUACUUACAUUACGGAUUCAGACAAUAUUCCAGUAGCAAAAACCUCCUCAUGUGAAAAACAAAAAGCCCACAGCAAAACCGCUUUUUAAUAUUACAGACAAGUAAAUGGACAAUAAUCAGCCAUUUCCUGAAAACAUUGGUGAUUAUAAGAUGGCAUGUUGCCCUUUCCAGAUGAUAAACAAUAUGAAAUGUAAUGGAUUAGUUCUGAUAUCUGAUGGAGGAGAAAACAACAAUAUAAUGUUGACUGUAAUCCAGGGUUUGACAUCAUCCAGAGCCAGGUAGACUUGGUGAAUCACUUUUCAAACAGCCAUUGUUUAGAGCAGAGUUCUCCAAACACUGGCCCUCCAGAUGUUCCUGAAGAACAACUCCCAUGAUUCUCUGCCUGUCUUGUUUUUUUUAGAUAAGGCUAUACGUUACUGAUGUUUACAGAAAAUAUAAUAGCUUGGUGCCAAACAGCUGCUCUUAAACACCUGCAUGGUACACCUUUAAACUAUACACCCAAGAAUGUGUAAUCAGUAGCUAUAAGUAAGGGGGAGCGCUUACGUGAAAGUAUAUACAUAUCUUUUAGGCAAUAAACCAAAAUACAACUAGAUGGGAAGGAGCAUAAGAGAACACAAUAGUGCAGAUCAUAUGGUAUAGAUCAUAUGUGUAAUUAGCAUUUAUACCAUAUAUUCUGCACUAUUGCAUUCUCUUAUGUUCCUUCCCAUCUUGUCUUAUUUUGGUUUAAUCCCAGAAAGAUAAGUAUAUGUUCACUUAAUCACUCCACCUUAUUUUUACAGUUUACAAGGUUGAAUGUUCUGUGUUGUUCUAAAAUUCGAAUGUUUUUUUAUCUUUCAGCAGCCAGUAAGUCUUCUCUGUAUCUGGUGUAUAUAUAUGGUUCUUGCUUCCUAGGUAAACACUGCUAGUCUGUGCUGCUUGCAACUCAUCAUUGGCCCCACGAGAUACAGGAUAGUCACUGCAGCCAAUUAAUCAUUGCUGGCUCCACACAGUGAAUAGAUUCUCUAAAGGUGCCCUCAUGGGAGAAACGGCCCCUCAGGGGUUAAAUACAGAGUAACAUAUCUUUAGAUCAUCAGUUAUCAUAUGAAGUGAAAUGCCUCAAAAUAAGUGUGACUCAAAAUGGUGUCAGGUUUGUAUCUCACAUGAGUUUUUAAAUGGAUCAAAUACUCAAUGUUGAUUUUUAAAGUGGUUGAACUAACCCACAUCAGUUUUUUUUAUUUUUUAUUUUUAUAUUCUUUAUUUUUGUUGUCUUUAACAAAAUAGCAUACAGGCUGACUAUGCCGAGAUAGCAGAGUCUAGCAUUACACUUUUUUGUUUAGAUGAGAGGAGAAUAAGCAGAACAGAUUUAUAAAAAUGAUGAUGUACAAUAAGCACAAAUCUAACAGACUGUGCAGUGAGAGAGGUUAAUUUGCUAUUAGCCAGAAUUGUUGAUUGUAUGCCAAGAGUAACUACCACUGGGUGUGCAGGCCAGCUCAAUGCUCAUGUAUGGUACACCAACCAAAUUAGUGAAGACAGAUCCUAUCUGUAGCUAGGCAAGAUAUUUAAAUCUGUAUAAACUUAGCCUAUCUCAUUGCGUACAAUAAAUUAAAAUUAAAACAAAGAAAAACAUAUAGCUGUGCAGGAUCUGUUGAACUGCAACCGGAUUGUUUAGUCAGCUUCCCAGAGUGGCAAAAGUCCAUCUAGACCUGUGGUGGUACCCCUCCAUCCCAAAGCAACGAUGGUCUCCUCUUUUGAUGCCGCGUAGAGCUGGCUGUGUCCAGCCCGAGGAACAGAUCUCCAGGCUCAUAUCCUUGCACGCCACCGACUUUGCUGAGCAGGGACCUGAGGCUGUAUGCAGCUUGUGGGUGAUCUUCCAUGUGUUAGCUGAGGUGCAGGUAUGUGACAGCUGCUGGCGGGGUGGCGUCCCUAAAGCUGGGGCUCCCUCUUCGCCUCUUUCCUCCUUUUCAUCACGGUUGGAAGUUUGGAAUUGCGGUGCAGGCUUUAUUUGGGGUGUUGUAGUGGGCCUUUGUGAGGCGUCUGCGGUAGCUGGUCUUUGUGCCUUGUCAGCAAGCAUAGCCCAGAGUCGCACCCAGAAGUGGUCGAAGCCAUUUGCUCUGUUGUCCUCGUGGGGAUCCCAGAGGUGGUGUCUCUGUGUGGCGGCCAUCUUCCCUGUGAGCUUACGGCUUGGCACUAUUAAGCACCUCACACCAGGUUGUUUGCCGGUGGAUUCCCAGUGGGGACUGGGAUAACCCCCACCGGCCCAAAAAAGUGGGGGGUGACUGGGUUCUAAGCUGAUCGUGGUGCGAUACAGGCCCAGAGUCAGGAGAGCGGCUGUCUCUCCCAGUCAACAGGCCAUCAAUCUCAAGAGGCUGUAUGUGUGAGUAUUCAACGCUCUUGGGAGCUUCAGGCUGUCAAUAUGUGUGGCUGCUGGCACUAAGAUUAUUUAGCCAAUUUUGCGGAGUGUCCUGUGGUAGGAUGGACGUGGAUUAUCCUCAAAGUACAUUCAAGUUAGCAGGAGCAACUAGAAAGCACGUCCUGCCAUCUUGGAUGCCUGGCCCCGCCCCCAAGCCACAUCUGUUUUCUUCCUCCAUUCUUGGUUUUUUGUUUUCGUAUCAAGGAUUAGCAUCAUUUUGGCGGACUUCACCAUGCAAUACAGCAUUGUGUAAAAAUCCAAAUUGCAUAUUGUAUCAUCAUAGUGUUGUUUCAGUAGUAGACACAGCAUACUCUUUGUGAUUGAAAAUCUUUUUUAAAAAAGCAUUGAAAUCUUGGUUUCUGCAAAUUUUCAUAAAAUGAAAUAUGUAAACUAAUCCUGCAGAACUGGACAGCCAUGAAAAUUAAUUGUAAGAGAAUUUAUAUGCCAGAAAACAAGGACCACAACAUAUAUCCGUUGAACAAAGAUUGAAUUCCAAAGCUCUUCUUAUGGUGCUCCGUUACUCAGGUGCAGCAAAGAACAUUAUUAUUGAGAGACCUAAAAAUAUGCUCUUGCUACUUUCUUGGUUCCAUUACAGUAGACAUGUCUGUAAAGGGACCUAUAUAGCUUGAAGCAUAAUGUUUUAUUGUUUUCACAUGAUAUCUGGUAUCCCUGGAUGAAUUGAGUCUAGAUGGAGUAGAGUAGAGUGGUUUGUACUUAGAGGAACUUGAGUGAGUCCUUGCUUUUGGCAACUUAUUCCUUCUAGAAUUAAGCCCAUGCCUCGUGUAAUAAAACUGAAUUGAACCACACUUCUUUGUAGGUACUUAUUAAUGCUCUUAUUUAAUUACCGUUGACAAUUUCUAAAGUGGCUGUAAAGCGACCUUUCAGGAAUGGAUCAAUAAUGUAAUUUCCCGGAUCUCAUCACAUAAAUUAAGUCUAUGGUAAGCAGUCACAUUAGCUUUUUAGAUCUUACUUUAACUUACUGACAUGCAUUAACCAGCACUAAGAAUAUUAAUACAUUAAUCGUACUUGGCUUAUUAGAAUUUACAGGAAUUAAAGGAGCAGUCAUACACAAUUCCUUUGAUCCGUGAAAAGAAUCCUUUGCAUCACUUCAACAUUGCUGUAAAUGUACCUGCUCUUGGAAUCCCUGGCCAGUGAGUGCAAAUGCAUUCCAUUGCUUAUUUCUAUGAUUCUUACAUCAGGUCUGAAGCCAUAUAUUGCUUUGUGAAUGUCAAUCAGCUAAAGCAAUUGUAUCUCAGAGGUUUAGGCCUAGAUGUAAUAUUUUGAUUCAUGCAUCCAUGAUUUUAUUUCUUUACUUUUCUUUUAACCAGUACAUUGUUCCCUCCAGAACUGGCAGCCACUGGAAUACUAGCACUUUCAUUCACACACUACACGGCCAGCCUAGACCAGGGGUUCCCAAGUCAUGGCAAAACUGCCACUAUUGGUGUGUAGUGAUGUCCCGAACGGUUCGUGAACGGUUCGCCACGGACUCGUCAUUGAGUAAACUUUGACCCUGUACCUCACAGUCAGCAGACACAUUCCAGCCAAUCAGCAGCAGACCCUCCCACCUCCUGGACAGCUCACUAAGAAUGCAGCGUAACAAUGAAUGUAUGCUGGAUGCUGUCCAGGAGGUGGGAGGGUGUGGGAGGGAGGGUCUGCUGCUGAUUGGCUGGAAUGCUGACUUUGAGGUACAGGGUCAAAGUUUACUCAAUGAUGAGUCCGCGGCGAACCGUUCGGGACAUCACUAUUGGUGUGCUUUAAAAUGUCCACUUUGUCAAUGUGAGAGAGUGUCAUAAAUACAUGAAUUUAGUUCUACAUGCAGCAGAUCCAAUGACAUUGGAAACGCAAUAAAAAAAGACAAAUCCUGAUGUAGUUCGUGAAGCUUGCAGUUCUCUGAAACUCACAUUACUGGCUGGCUUGCGUAUUUGGGUACUUUUAAUUAGAUUUUAAAAGUUGUGAGUAAGAUUAUUAUAUUAUAUUAUUAUAUUGUGCUGUGUUAAUUUUCCUGGGUAGCUUUUCUCCAUUCACGUUAAAGUAGAGUUUGUAAUAGCGCAGCGCUCAUGAGUGAAAUUACUGUUUGAUAUAUAUGCUGAAGUUGUCAUUAGAGCAUUAAAAUAAUUUCAUCUCUCAAAUGCUGACUAUGUGCCACAUAUUCCCUCAUUUUUUACUGUUUCAGUGUUUUCAUGGUUUUAAAGAGACAUUACCAUUUGCUCCAAUGCAUUCUACAACACACAUUUCGUUUGCCAUUUCUAUUCUCUCUCUUAUAUUAUUUAUAUAUAUAAAAGGAAGACUUCAGCUUGUUGAAGUACUGUUUUAGUGUUCAGUCUAUCUUGUUUUAUAAAAGUGUUGAUUUCAAAAGAAACUGGCACUAUAUAUAUAUAUAUAUAUAUAUAUAUAUACCGUAUUUUCCGGCGUAUAAGACGACCCCCAACUUUUCCAGUUAAAAUAUAGAGUUUGGGAUAUACUCCCCGUAUAAGACUACCCCUCUUCCAAUGCACACGCGUCCCUACGUUCUUCUCACCUCCCCUUCCCUGUGCAGAGUGGGUGGCCGAGCUCCUCUUCGUCCUGUCAGGCCGGGUACCGCGCUGUACAGGAGAUUCAGUUACCUGUUCCCGGCCGGACUGAAAGGAAGUGAGCACUCAGUGUGCACUUCCUUUCAAUCCGGCCAGGAACAGGUAACUGAAUCUCCUGUACUUCCGCGGUCACCUGAACAUUAGUGACCGCGGAAGUACAGGGUAUGUCAGCCAAAAAAUGGUCAUUAACAACCGCUGCUGUACCCUGUACGUCCGCGGCCAAAAUGAUCGCUUCCAGCCACUCUUAAGGUAUUACACGAUGCCUCGAUAUCGAAGCAUCAUAUAAUACACCCCUACACUGCCGGGCACUUUACCUUACUGAGUGCCUUGAGGGGUGAAGGCACUCAGUAAUAGUAAAAUUAAGAUACAUUUUUAUUUUAUUUUUAAGUAAAAAAAUAAAAUAAAUUAACCCUUACCCUCCCUCCCUCCCCAUGUACUUACCGCCGGCGAUCGGUCUUCUUCUGAGGGGGGACUCUUUGGACUGAGCCCAGAGAGUCUUCCUCUCCAAUUUAGGACCCCCAGGGCCAUGUGACCACUCUAAAAGAGCUGUCACACGGCCCCAUAGAUGUCUGAACUGACAGGCAGUCCCCUUGCUGGUAAAAAAAUAAAAUAAAAAUAGUUAAUAAAAUUUAAAAAAAAAUAAAAAAUUCAAAAAUGUAUAAAUUAAAAAAAUAAAAAAAUAAAAAAUAUAAAUAUAUGAUAAAUACAUAUAUGUAUACAGUUGCAAGAAAAAGUAUGUGAACCCUUUGGAAUGAUAUGGAUUUCUGCACAAAUUGGUCAUAAAAUGUGAUCUGAUCAUCAUCUAAGUCACAACAAUAGACAAUCACAGUCUGCUUAAACUAAUAACACACAAAGAAUGAAAUGUUGCCAUGUUUUUAUUGAACACACCAUGUAAACAUUCACAGUGCAGGUGGAAAAAGUAUGUGAACCCCUAGACUAAUGACAUCUCCAAGAGCUAAUUGGAGUGAGAUGUCAGCCAACUGGAGUCCAAUCAAUGAGAUGAGAUUGGAGGUGUUGGUUACAGCUGCCCUGCCCUAUAUAAAACACACACCAUAUAUAUGAAAUAAGUGUGUGUGUGUAUAUGUAUAUAUGUGUGUGUAUGUAUAUGUGUGUAUGUAUAUAUAUAUAUAUACACACACACACAAAAAAUAUGUCAAACCCCUGCACUCCAGUAAAAAAUAUGUUUUACCUGGUGCUCUGGUGGCUCAAUUCUAGAGAGUAGGAGGAAACCGGCACUCAAGGAAUUUUAACUGAUUUUUACUGUGUAAAAAUCAAUCAACGUUUCAGCUCCACUAGGGAGCUUUCAUCAGGACAUACCUGAUGAAAGCUCCCUAGAGGAGCUGAAACGUUGAGUGCCGUUUUUUUUCUUUCUUUCUUUCUUUUUCUCUCUCUCUCUCUCUCUCUUUCUCUCUUUCUCUCUCUCUCUUUCUCUCUCUCUCUCUUUCUCUCUCUCUUUCUCUCUUUCUCUCUUUCUCUCUUUCUCUCUUUCUCUCUUUCUCUUUUCUCUCUUUCUCUUUUCUCUCUCUUUCUCUUCUCUCUUUCUUUCUUCUCUCUUUCUCUCUCUCUUUCUCUCUCUCUCUCUCUUUCUCUCUUUCUCUCUUUCUCUCUCUCUCUCUCUUUCUCUCUUUCUCUCUUUCUCUCUUUCUCUCUCUUUCUCUCUUUCUCUCUUUCUCUCUUUCUCUCCACACACAUAUUUUAUAAAUUGCAACAACAACAACAAAAAAAUAACGCUAACUUUGGCUGCGUUUGUGACUAAGUGGCUACUACAAAAGACUGGAAAUACCCCAUUUGGAAUACCCUGGGCUAUCUACAUUUGAAAAUGGGAUGCCAUGAUGGUGUUAUUUCACAUUCCUGGGCUACCAUAUGGUCUCAAAAGGCAACACAGACCCAGCAAACCAAUCUGGCAAAUUUCAAUGUGCAAACAUGGAAAAGGGGAAAACCCUACAUUUGACCCCUGUAAGUUUGCAAAAUCCCAUAAGACCUGUACAUUGGGGACACUGUUGUACUCUGAAGAUGUUGCUGAACACGUAUUGGGGUGUUCUUUGUCAGUAAUAAAUAGCAGGAGCUAAGAAUCCAUGCCUAAAGUACAAUGUGUACCCAAAAGGUUGACAAAGACUGGUGAUAGAAUUAGUGCAUGGAAAGUGUUAAAAUACCACCAUUUGAAAUACACUACGGUAUAUAUAUGGUUUGAUGGGAGUAAAUUACAUUGGCCGGCUUCAAAAAUGUCCCAAAUAGGAUAUGGGUGCACGAUGAACUAAAAUGCGCACCUGUACAUGGGUGGUAUCACGGUACUCAGGAGAUGUUGCUGAACACAUAUUGGGGUGUUCUUUUGCAGUAACCUUUAAAGUUCUUCGUACAUGUAUUCUUAAAUUGCUGUGUGUGUCAAAUCACCAAUUAAUAUUUUUUAAUUUUUUUUAUUUUGGCAUAGAUUGGUGGUAAAAUGUUUGCAUGAAUAUAGUCAAAAUACCCCAAGUUUAAUACCUUAGGUUAUCUUCUUAUAAAAAAAAUAUAUAUACAUGUGAAGGGUUAUUCAGGGACUCCUGACAUAUGAGUGUUAUAAUGUAACUUGCGUUAAUUUAGAAAAGUGUUUUGGAAAUAGCAAAGUGCUACUUGUACUUAUUGCCCUAUAACUUUCCAAAAAAGAGAACAUGUUCACGUUGGGUUAUUUCUAAACUCAGGACAAAAUUUAGAAACUCUUUUAGCACGGUUAUUUUUGGCUGUUGUAGAUGUGUAACAGAUUUUGGGGGUCAAAGUUCGAAAAAGUUUGUUUUGUUUUUUUCAUCAUAUCAAAUUUUUUUUUAUAGUAAAUUAUGAUAUGACGAAAAUAAUGGUAUCUUCAGAAAGACCAUUUAAUGACGAGAAAAACAGUAUAUAAUAUGUGGGUUUACAGUAAAUGAGUAAGAGGAAAAUUACAGCUAAACACAAACACCGCAGAAACAUAAAAACAGCCCUGGUCCCAAACGGUAAGAAAAUUGAAAAGUGGUCUGGUCACUAAGGGGUUAAACUGCCGGUUACAUAACUGCAUUAAUACAAUUAGUUGUGGCUGUGAAGCUGCCAGGCUUUGAAAAUCAAUGCGUGACUUGCAACCUUUCAGCGGUUAUAGAGUCCCUAUCAACUGUAGUGUUGAAAUCAGGCAAGAAAAAAAGGUUUGCAUAGAUUGGUUUCAUCCAAUUACUAAUCUCAGAGAUCAGUUGCAGUGUGACACAAGCUUUUAGUGAUAUUAUAUGGUUGGCAUCAUUUAUUAUUUUUAGAGGUAUACAUUAAAAUUCUAAUAAGUGGAUUGCUCUGAAACAUACUUUUUGUAUAUUGCUCAAAUGUCUUCUUUUUUUUUUUUUUUUUUCUCCUUUUGAUAAUGAAUACAUCGAAUUUUGAAUCAAUACAUUCUGUAUGUAGGGCACCACUCAAAUUUGCUUCCCUAGACCAUAGAACAUAUUCUAUUGUUAAACCCAAGAGAGCUACUGCCAACUGUUGUGCAUUAUGUUUCAUAUGGUGCUUAGAAAAGGACUUGGAAAAGAAAACUAUUUUACUUCCAAUCUAAGAAUUCUUCCACUUAAAGGGACACUAUUAACCUCAUUAAACUGAUCUGUGUGCACUGUCUUUGUUCCCUUAACCCUGCCGUGGAAAAGGGGGUGGGGAUAUGGGGACCCUAUAGUGUUAGGAAUACAGCUUUUAUAAUGUAUUCUAAAUAGGGAUUGACCGAUAUUGAUUUUCUAGAACCGAUAAUCUGUGAACUUUCAGGCAGAUAGCCGAUAACUUGCCGAUAUUCUGUACAUUUACCAUUUUGAAAAAAUUCAACUGUUUCUAAAGGUAAAUGCACAAAAUAUACAUGCCACGUAUAGUGGAUGCAGUGUGUUUAGACAGGGGAGCUGUGUGUGUUUGUGUAGUGGAUGCACUGUGUAUAUAAUGAAUGCAGGUUUUGUUUGUGUAGUGUGUGUUUGUGUAGUGUGUAUAGUGAAUGCAGUGUGUAGCAUGUAUAUAAUGCAGAGUGUGUGUUUGUGUAGUGUGUGUAUAUAAUGCAGAGUGUGUGGUGUAGUGUGUGUAUAUAAUGCAGAGUGUGUGGUGCGUUUCUGAAGGGAUGUGAUUUGUGUAAAAUGGGGGGGCAGUUUGGGGCAUUUUCAUUUUAAUAUUUAUAUAUGGUUUAUUUAUUUUUAUAUAGCAGUCCCUGGUGGUCCAGUGGCAUUGGCUGAGUAGUGGGGGCUGGCAGCAGGCAGUUAUUUACCUCCCCAAAAGCUCCUCCAGCUCCCCAGUGUAAAUCUCGUGGUCUGCUGGCCGCGCGGAGCGUUGCCAUGGUAACCCAUGGCAACGCUCUGCGGCCGCGGGUCUCGCAAGAUUUCACAUGGGAGCUGCUAGGGAGGUAAGUAACCGCCUGCUGCCGGCAACCCCAGGACCGCUGGGUUUGUAAUGAGCCCGGCGGUCCUGGGAGGUAUUAUUGGCAAUAUCGGUAUCUUUAUUGGCCGAUACUGAUAUUGCUGAAAAUACCGAAUAUUGGCUGAUAAUAUCGGUAAAACCGAUAAUCAGUCGAUACCUAAUUCUAAACACUAUAGUGUUCCUUUAUGGACAGCAAGCUAUAGCAAUGCUUGUAUUUUUUUUUUUACCCUGUUAUCUUGCUACCUGUUAUAUUUUAAAUGGAUCCUGCAGCACCUUAACCAGUUCCACUUUUUGAAGUGGUUAUGAUACCGGAGUGUUGUUUGACAGAAGCUCCACUUACAUGCUCUGUCAGUCAAAGAGCAAGAAAUUUAACUUCCUGGCUUGCUUGCCAACUUAUCAAUGAAUUCAGCACCAGUCAUUACACACAGGUGCUGCGAGAGCCCAGAGGUGUUAUCAUGGCUUUUUGAGUCAAGGCACUAUGGAGCUACUUGUUUCCCCUUGAAGCCAUUUUUUGUGUCCGUUUUACUAGUUUGUCAAAAGUGUAGUACCUUGGCACAAUAAUCACUUAAAUAGGCUGAAGUGGGCUCUUUUGUAUGCACGGAAGUGGGUUUUGUUAUUGUUGUACUAAAAUAGAGCCCUGGUUAUUUGUUGCUGAUGUAAUAAAUGCACUGAGUAUAACAGCUUGGUAAUGUUCCCUAAACAGCAAUUCAAAGACUAAAUUUGCAAAAUUUAUGCCAAAGUAGAGUUUGGCAAAACUCAGCAACUCAUCUGUAUUUUGGUUAAAAUUUUGUUAAAAAUGGUGUAGUAGAAUGAGUACUGUCAAAAAACAUUAACUGAGUGGCUAUAGUUACCACCAGUGCAAAUAGUUGAGCGCUAAAACAACAAUACUUACACCUAUGUCAUAAGGGGUAGAUGUACAACAGAAGCUAAAUUUAAGAGCGAAAAGACAAUAUGGUGCAAUAUAGUCUGCAAAUGGGCGUGGGUGUAAAAUUAUAAAGAUUUACACUCACGAGUGUAGAGCAAGUUAGGAGAGACUCACAUCACAUAGGCAUGUGUGUCCUUAAAGGGACACUCCAUUGCCCAAUUACAAAAUAAAUUUAAAAAAAAAUCUCUGUUUAAUAGAUUUACCUCAAUAUAAAACUUGCAUGCCUUUAGUUAUGUAUUUUUUUUAAUUUUUUUUUUAAAUCAGUUUGCAAAACCUGGCAAAAAAUAGACUAGAGCAAUAGCCCCUAGUGAAGUGUGGCUGAUAUAUAAAUAUACAGGUUCCCUGCUUACCUUCUCUAAAGCCCUUUGUCCUGGCUCCAAGAAUUACAGCUUGAGUGUCACUUGAAGGGGAUACAACCCUUCUUGGAUAGGAGCAGAUAUUAAGGAUGCAGUUCACUGGACAGUGUUGCUCAAGUAAAUAAGUAUUUAUGAAUUCUAAAAUAACAAUAUGCUAGAAAUAAAGAAUAUAUAAGCAAAGUCUAUGGUGCUCCAACCUGAGACUCGUUUCACGGUUUCCUGUGGCUUUGUCAAACCUAAUGAUUGACCAAGCCAAUCCUCUUUAUCUACCCCUUGUGACAUAGGGGUAAGUGUUAUUGUUUUAGCACUCCUCUAUUUGUACUGGUGGUAACUAUAACCACUCAGUUCAGUGUUUUUGUACUUAUGUUUGUGUGUGUAGUUUUGGGAGAAACUCAGUGUGAUAGCAGCUGUUUUAUUUCACUUCACUAUAUCAUUCACUUGUGUUAAAAGCGCUCAUAUUGCACAGAUGACUUUUUUUCUAGAAGACAUUCAAACACUGGGGGAUAACAAAGCCUUGGUGAUUGUUGGAGGGUGUUUGAGGGGGAGGGAGGAGGGAUAACACCUGUAUUGACCUGGGAACUGAACAAGAAAAAAUGCAGAGUUCUUUUAGGAAAGAAUAUUUAUUAAUUCAGUUAAAAAUGACAGCAAUUUAGUAAAUUUGCUCAUACUUAAAAGGCACCAUAGUUGCUAAAACAACUUUAGCUUAAUGAAGUAGUUUUGGUGUAUAUAUCAUUCCCAUGCAUUCUCACUGCUCAGUUCUUUGCCAUUUAGAAGUUAAAUCGCUUUGUGUAUGCAGCUGUAGUCACACCUCCCUGCAAGUAAGUAGGUGCGUACCCUUCCUAAUCACUUCCUGCAAAGUGAGAUCUAAAGUUUACACAGUCAUUUUAAAAGGACAACAUAGGUACCGAGACCACUUCUAGACAUGUUUAAACUAGCAGUACUAAGUGCAAUUUUGACUCCGUGAAACAACGCUAGACAUACUCCUGUACAUUAGGUUCCCUCCAUAGCUGAAGUCGGCAGAGGAGCACUACUGUGUGACUGAAUGGAUUUUUUCUUUUAAAACCCUUUCAUGACUGGGGGGGGGGGGUGUUAGGAAUACAUCUUUGUUUUCCUAAUUGUUAGGAAUACAUUUUUGUAUUCCUAACACUAAAGCGUUCCUUUAAUUUAGAAUUUCUUAGCUUCUGCACUAUUAGGAGCUUGCUAGACCUAGUAGGAGCCUCCUGUCCAUGAUUAAUGUUCAAUUUACAGAGCAGGAGAUAAAAAUCUCUAACGGAAGUUAUCAACGUAGUCUUUUUUUAUUUUUUUUUAUGAAGGUGUUUCAGUCACAGCCAGGGGAGGUGUGGCUUGGGCUACAUGGACAGAAACAAAAGUGGUUUAACUUCUACAUGGCAGAGAAUUGAGCAGUGAGACUUCAGAGGCAUGAUCUAUACACAAUUAAAAUGGCUUAAUUAUGCUUGUUUUGCUUAAUGGAGUGUACCUUUAGAUUCUUACUUUAUAUUUAAUACAAUAAAUUAAUAAAUAUGCUAUAUUUUUAAUUAUCAGGAUUCAAGUUGUGGAUUACCUUCAGGACAGAUAUGUCAUGAUGAACAGCGCCUGGAGGUCAUAUUUGCUGACCUGGCUCGUCACAAAGAUGACGCCCAGCAGCGUAGCUGGGCUCUUUAUGAAGAUGAAAACGUCAUCCUUUGCUAUUUGGAGGAGCUGCUGCUAAUUCUGGUGGGUGGUCACAAUUUUACUACUCUGCAUGCACUUUCAACCUAAAAAUCGAAUAUCUGUCUGUCUACAUGUAACUCCGUCUAAUGAUACUGUAUUCUGCUUGAUCUAAAUCUGUAAUGUUCUUUGGGCAGCGUUUGUGGCUACGACAAAAGACUGGAAAUACCCCAUUUGGAAUACCCUGGGUUAUCUAAUGGUAUGCCAUGAUGGGGUUAUUUCACAUUCCUGGGCUACCAUAUGGUCUCAAAAAUCAACAUAGGCCCAGCAAAGACAUCUGGCAAAUUUCAAUGUGCAAACAUGGAAAAGGGGAAAGCCCUACGUUUGACCCCUGUAAGUUUGCAAAAACCCAUAAAACCUGUACAUUGGGGGCACUGUUGUACUCAGGAGAUGUUGGGGUGUUCUUUGUCAGUAAUAUAUAACAGGAGUUGAGAAUCCAUGCCUAAAGUCCAAUGUGAGUGAAAAAUAACACACAAAAAUGACUACCCAAAAGGUUGACAAAGACUGGUGGUAGAAUUAGUGUAUGCAAGGUGUUAAAAUACCACCAUUUGAAAUACCCUACGGUGUCUACUUUUCAAAAAUAUAUGGUUUGAUGGGGGUAAAUUACAUUGGCCGGCUUCAAAUAUGUAAAAAAUAGGACAUGGGUGCAUUAUGACCAGCUAUGAAAAUUCCAAGUUGGAAAACUGGAAUGCGCACCCUCCAAAUAAGGUAUUUUAGCCCCCAGAGAACCCAACACACCUAUACAUGGGGUGUAUCACUAUACUCAGGAAAUGCUGAACACAUAUUGGGGUGUUCUUUGGCAGUAACCCUUAAAGUUCUCCGUUCAUGUAUUCUUAAAUUGCUAUGUGUGUAAAAAAAAAAAAAAUCAACAAUAAUUUUUUCAUUUUUUUUAGUUUGGUAUAGAUUGGUGGUAAAAUGGUUGCAUGAAAAGAGUCAAAAUAACCCAAGUUUAAUACCUUAGGUUGUCUUCUUUUAAAAAAAUAUACAUGUGAAGGGUUAUUCAGGGAUUCCUGACAGAUAUCAGUGUUAUAAUGUUAACAUUGGCAUUUCUAAACUCAGGACAAAGUUAAGAAACUAUUUAGCAUGGGUGUUUUUUGCCGGUUGUAGAUGUGUAACAGAUUUUGGGGGUCAAAGUUAGAAAAGGUGUGUUUUUUUUGUUUUUUUUUCCUUCAUAUUUUAUCAUUUCUUUUAUAGCAAAUUAUAAAAUAUGAUGAAGAUAAUGGUAUAUUUAGAAAGACUAUUUAAUGGCGCAAAAAACGGUAUAUAAUGUGUGUGGGUACAGUAAAUGAGUAAGAGGAAAAUUACAGCUAAACACAAAGUCUGCAGAAAUUAAAAAAAAAAGCCCUGGUUCUCAACGGUAAGAAAUAUGAAAAAAAAAAAAACGGUCUGGUCACUAAGGGGUUAAAAAAAUAUUAUUUAUUUUAUUAUUUAUAUAGCGCCAGCAAAUUCUUUAGCACUGUACAAUGGGUAGACUAACAGACACGUAAUUGUAACCAGACAAAUGGACGCACAGGAACAGAGGGGUUGAGGGCUCUGCUCAAUGAGCUUACAUGCUAGAGGGAGUGGGGUAUAGUGACUCAAAGGGUAUAUGUAGGGGUAAUGAAAUAGGUUGCUAGAAAAGUAUUCACUGAGAACUAUUUUUGACAGUUGCAGGAGAGGAGUCAUUAAAUCAGGCUUCCCCAAACUCCUUCCCUCCAGAUGUUGCUGAACUACAACUCCCAUAAUUGUAUGAAUGAAAUAGGCUGAGAAUCAUGGGAGUUGUAGUUCAGCAACAUUUGGAGGGCCGCAGUUUGGGGGAGCCUGGUUUAAAUUAUAUGCCCUCCUGAAGAAGUGUAUUUUCAAAGAUUUUUUUGAAGGAGUGGAGACUGGGUGAAAUUCUAACAAAGAAGGGAAGGGAGUUCCAUAGAAAAGGUGCAGCCCUGGAGAAGUCUUGGAGGCGAGCAUCAGAUGUGGGAGUACGGACAGAGGAUAAACAUAAGUCUUUGGCAGAGCGCAGGCUUAUUAGGGAGGAUACGUAGGUUGGAGCAGCAUUAUGUAGGGACUUUUUAAAAUUUUAAAUUGAGCCCCAUAUCUAAUGGGAAGCCAAUGUAGGGACUGACAGAGGAGGGAGGUGUGGGCUGACAAGAAAAUGACCCUUGCCGCCGCAUUCAUUAUAGAUUGCAGCUGUGCAAUCUGGGAACACGCAAGACCACUGAGAAGGGGAUUGCAGUAGUCAAGGGGAGAAAGAAAAAUGGCAUCUGGUGUUAAAUAGGGGCGGAUGCGAGCUAUGUUUUUGAGAUGGAAGCGGCAGGAUUCGGCGAUCGACUGGACAUGAGGGGUCAAAGAGAGGUUGUAGUGAAAGAGAACACCUAGGCAGUGAGCCUGCGAGGUAGAGGUGAUGGUGGUGCCGUUGACUUGGAGAUAGACAUGGGAGUAGCAACACUUGAGGGAGGAAAGACCAGAACUUCUGUUUUGGACAACUUGAGUUUAAGGAAGUGAGCAGCCAUCCAGUUAGAAAUCGCAGGGAGGCAGCCAGAGACACGAGUCAAGAUGGGCGGAGAGAGAUCAGGAGAGGAUAUGUAGAUUUGCUUGUCAUCUGCAUAUAAAUGAUAAUGGGAGCCAAAGGUGCUGAUGAGUUUAGCAAGGAAGGCAGUGCGGAUGGAGAACAGUAGGGGACCAAGGACAAUACCUUGGGGAAUGCCAACAGAGAGAGGUUGGGGAGAUAUAUGAGGGCACUUAAGCGGAAAGAGCUAAAUAAACAUAGAAACAUAGAAUGUGACGGCAGAUAAGAACCAUUCGGACCAUCUAGUCUGCCCAAUUUUCUAAAUACUUUCAUUAGUCCCUGGCCUUAUCUUAUAGCUAGGAUAGCCUUAUGCCUAUCCCACGCAUGCUUAAACUCCUUUACUGUGUUAACUUCUACCACUUCAGCUCGAACGCCAUUCCAUGCAUCCACUACCCUCUUAGUAAAGUAAUACUUCCUGAUAUUAUUUUUAAACCUUUGCCCCUUUAAUUUAGGACUAUGUCUUCUUGUUGUGGUAGUUUUUCUGCUUUUAAAUAUUGUCUCCUCCUUUACUGUGUUGAUUCCCUUUAGGUAUUUAAAUGUUUCUAUCAUAUCCCCCCGUCUCGUCUUUCCUCCAAGCUAUACAUGUUAAGUUCCUUUAACCUUUCCUUGAACUGUGGUAGAAUGCAUUGCAAAAGUGCCAAAAAGGCCUUGGUUACAAACAUGUUGCAUCUGAAAAUAGCCUAAGGUACUUAAGGGGUGAAGCAAUGUUUUUCACUCUGAUUUAGGUUGUGGAGGGCUAAUGGCAUAUUUACAUCUGGAACAGAUUGCCUGCAUAUUCGUGUUUACAAUAUGAUUUCCUUUCAGGUCCAUUUCACCUUCUGUUGCUGAGACAACUGUUUGCUCCAGAAUAUUAUAGAUAUUGAUUACCCUUUGUAUCCUAACCACGGGCUUUCCAUGACUUAUUCCAUGACACAUAGCUUCCUGGAUUUCUAUAGUUAAUAUACUGAAAAUUGGAUUACCAUCAGCGAAAUGUACAGCAAGCAUGUCAAACUCAAAGUCUAGCAAGGGCAGUAAAAUAAAAAAAAACAAUAGAUUUUCAUGGAAGCGUAGGUUCAUUUUAAAAAGUACAGUGUAAAAAAAAAACAGCAUCCCCCUCUAAAUCCCAGUCCCCCAUAUAAUAAAUCCCAGAACUCCCCUCUCCCCCUGCUCCCCCCCACUAGCCAACAAGCAGACUCUACUCACAUUGCCACCGCCAGUAUGCGACUCCGGACUCCAGCCUCUGAGGUACCCCAAAUGGCGCCGUCCGCAACCUGUGCCAAUGCGGAUCCUGACGCUACUUCUUGAAACCCUGUGAAGGUGGAGCACGUUGACGUCACUUUGGAAUGUGAUGUGGCGUGCCUCCGUCCACCUUUAGGUCUAACCGCAGCCAUGGCAACACUGACACACAGACACACUCACUGACUCACACAUUUUUACAUUCAGUUGGGAUCUUCUAUUUGAGCUCAGCCUUCCUGCUCCUCAUUGCUCCCUCGCGCGCAGUUUAGUGAUGCCAGGCAUCACUACAGACGGCAUGCGCGAUUGAGCAGUGAGGAGCAGGAAGGCUGAGCUCCAUCGCUGCAUCCACCUUCCUCUCCUCAGGCCGGGUAAAUGUUAGCAGAGUAGGCACCUGCAAUGUGGGGAAAGCAGGUGCCUGCUCUGCUUGGAACACGUAGCAUGUACACGAGGCUCGCCGAGCCGCAAAGAUGUCCAUUGUGGGCCGUGAGUUUGAAAUGCUUGAUGUACAGGAUUUUCAAAAGAACAAAGGUCCUCUUUUUAAAGGAAUACUAUAGUGUCAGGAAUACAAACAUGUAUUCCUGAUGGUAUAGUUUUGAAACUAGAGUUUAGGUGUCUCACCCCCUCUACCCUGUUAAAAAGGUAACUUACUUUAUUUCCAUCGCUGUGCAGGUCUCCUUUCAGCUUGCACUGCCCCCACUUCGCCUUCUUGGCUUAGAUCAUUAAGUUUGAUCUUAUCCAAUCCAUUGCUUUCCAAUAGAGGGCAUGAAAAAAUGCCAGACUGUGCCAAUUAGCAUCUCUGUGAGGAACGUUCAGCGUAUCCAUGGAGAACCUCUAGUGACUGCCCAAGUGACUGCUGCUCUAGGUGUUCCUAGACAGAAAUGUAAACACUAUUUGAUAAAAAUAUAAUACAAGUGCAAACAAAUCUGUAAUAUAGAAGUGGAGCACUGUGUACAUAAAAUUAUUUCUUACCCUCUUGCCAAUAAGUGGUAGGAACAGCAAUACAGGAAAAGAUACAAAGAAAAAAUAGUGUAGACAGUUGCAACCCAGAAAUAUAACUAAAAUAAUGUGGUAUACUCUCUGUGACUGACUGCCCGGCACUCCAACCGAGUACCUUUGUCAAUCGAUGCUCCUAGUGCUUUCCGAGUGCUCCAAGCACUCCACCAGACACCAUAAGCACUGCAGACCCCACUUCCAGCGAUGCAGCUGCUCCGGGGUCUUUCCGUCCUUCACCCACCCUGGACCCAAGAUCAGGAUCCAGCUUCUAGUGGGCAGACCUCUCCUACUCCAGAGAGCAUAGCAGUAACAAGCUCUUACAAGAGCUUACACUCAGGGGAUUGUGAUUAUAGCAAUACCCAAGAGUGUAGUUAUCCCAUCCCCCAAACAUGAGCCAAGACUUCAUGAAGAGGUAAAGUAAGUCUGUUUAAUGCAAGCCAGCACUUACAAUUUAUACAGUUUUUCAGGCCAGAGGCACACCCCCUGGACCUGAUGGGAAACGGGGACACAAGGAACGUAAAACAGUCAUUAACAGUACGACACUCCCACAUACAGUAAACAAUCCCUCCCCUUUGCCUGUGAUACAAUUAACAAAGACAAUGGGCUAACUCAAUUAGCUCUAAACAGAAAAACAUACGUUUUUACAAACACAAAAAGUACCCAAAAAAUACAACAUAUCCCCAUCCCCUGAUAGCCCCGAUCUGGGUGAACAACAUAUCCAAAAAUCACCCAGAUCGGUUCAGGAAUUUCCUGGAAGUCUUAUUUUUACCCCACUGUGCACAUGGUCCCAUGCCCAAAACAGUUCCAUACACUCGACGACAAAACACUGCUGGACAAUUUAAGAUGGCUGCCGCCACAUGUUUGAAUCUGUUCCAGUUAAAAGUCCAAGGGGCAGAAACAGUACUUUUGAACAUGGGUUAUCACAGGGCCCAUAGUCCCAGGGUAGGAGGCUGGCACACAAGCCUCUCCAAAAACCAGUGGCAAAGUUGCUUUCGUCACACUCUCAUAUUGAAUAGAGACAAUCAAAAUAUGCUUCUGUGGCGCGGUGGGACCUUUCAAGGGAGCACCCCACCUUUCUUUUUACAUUUCAUUUGAAUGUAUGACUUGUAGUACAAAAUAGUAUUAAAAAAACAUUUGUAAUUUAGCAUUGAGUGACCAAGUUCACAAAUAGGGGUUGGAUAGGCCUAACCCACUUUUUUCUUCAAAGUCAAAAGUUAAAUGAAAGCUUUCAAGUUUGAAGAAAACAAACUUAAAUGUAGGCGCUAUUCCAAUUUGUAAGUAACAUAAGACCAUAAGAAAAAUGUUUAUUUUACAGAAAUGUCUUAUGUCUUUUCGAGAAGGCACUUGCUCUGUUAGUGUAGUUUUACUAAUGAGGUAACUUUGCUUUUUGGAGCUGGUUUUAUAUUUAAUCAUAGGUGUCAUUCUACAAAGCCUCUUUCUAAAGGGGUGUCAAGACAUUGACCAGCACAAUAAAGAAACAAAAUUAAAGUCUAUAUCACCAUUUUUGAAGUAAUAUGAAAGCGCCUUCACCAAGUCUGAAAACUGUUUGUAUGUUUGCGUUCAGACAGAUGCAGACCCAGAAGUGUGCAAGAAGAUGUGCAAGAGGAACCAGUUUGAGUCCAUUUUGUCCCUCGUGGCUUAUUAUCAAAUGGUAAGUGUUGUUUCAAAGCUUUUCUGGCACUGAAUACUACAGAUGUAUUAACGUGUAGUAUGCAAUCAAGGAGAGCAUCUGCAAACUCCCCAAAAACAGCAGAGCCCGCUGGCAUCCUGCCAUCUUUUCAGUGUUCAACAUCAUGUGCAAAAUCUUUUGUUUUCUUCUAUUAACGUGUAAGUGUUUGCUGAGUAAUGCGAUUUCUUUUGUUAUCCCCAAGAAGAGCUCAUGCUCAUGGUUCUCAUGAGAACCAUACAUUUUCCCAUUUGUAUUUAAUGAGACGUGAGCCCCACUUUGGGAAUUUCAGUAUUUCAGACAUCCAUAUCAGUCUAGUUUGUACUGCAGUUUACCCGAGUAAUAUCAAUGCCAAAUAAAUUGUGGAUUAUAAUGAACAUACUGCUAGUUUUCAUAUAGCUGUCACUGAGUUUAAAUUUUAUAGGAAAGCUCUGUAGGGACAGUAAAAACAGUAAAUAGUCUUGUGUAAUAGUUCAUUAGUAUUAGUUUUCCAGUAGUGCAGAUUAAUAGUCAAUACAAAAUUUCAAUUUAGCUCACUUAUUGGUAAGAGUACAUAGAAUGUGCACAGUGCGACUAGUAACUGAACCUAUUCAGGCAGCCUUAGUCGUGUGCAUCAGAUUACCUAAUCUUUCAUGUCAUAUAUCUCUUACGUUAGCAUAACGUAUAAAAUGUACCCAUUUCUAUUGAAUAGAUUUCUAUUGAAAUCUGCGCUAUUUGUCCAAAAAAAAGACACAUCGCUGAAGUGCUUUGUUUUUGAAAUGUUCAUUUCAAUGGAAGCUUGAAGCCUCUCUGUAACCCUCUAUCAAAAAUUUAAUUUUAUUUUAUUUUGUAAAGAGCAAUUGUACAUACAAUGUAGUUCAGCUUUACAAAAUCAAGGAGUGUACAAGUAAGAAGGUAGUACAUACGUAUGUUAGGUACAUUUUACCCAAAACAGAAUAAGUAACAUGGUGUUGUCAGGAUCAAGGUGAUUCCUAGUUCUUCCAUCAGACAUGGCUGCUAUAGGAGCAUGUAUCAUCUAUAGUCUAUCACAAUGCAAAGCACCAAUAUGACAACACGUAGACGUAUAGAAAAUAAACGGUUAUGAGAAAACGGGUGAGUGGAGGCAACUUCCUGAAACAUAUGGGUUCCAAAUGUAAUAUCCCUUGUGGAUGGAUCAGCACUCGUAAACAUUGGAGAGGUUCUGGUGUCUAGCGUGAGGUGUAGAAUUGAGAACAGUAAGGAUACGUGCCUCGAGAUAGUGGUGUGAGUGUGUGUGUGUGUGUAUGUAAUGGCACUCACCCUUGCUGAUAUUGUGGGUAAUUAAAAUGCCUUGGUGCAAUCCCACUGAUAUGUAGUAUAUAAAAUAAAGAUGCACUCUUAGGUCUUUGUAGAAAAAAAGUAGUAGUAUUUAAUCCAUCCAAGAAUUUUUUUUUUACAAGUUGCUGAUCGACGUUUUGACCCGUUCCGGUCUUCCUCAGGAUCAACAUGUAAACAUACAAUCAAAGUGUAUAUAAGAAAAAUAAAGUGUACUCACCAAUUGUGAUUAACUCCCUAAUCCCUUCACUCCGAACCCGGAAGUGAGAGUCUGUUGUCACGUGACAUGCGUGUUGCGUGAGUGAGCGUGGUUACUAAGAAUCCAAUGUAAACAUUAUACGAUCGACCUCCUAAUAGUCCGUGCGGUGUGUGAAUGUGAUAUAUGUGUGGCUAUUUCUUAAUUACAUAUGUAGGACAUCAUAUAAAUCUAGACAAAAUCACUUAGUGCAUGUGUGAGUGAAUAUGUACAUAAAAAAAAUCGUUGACAUGUAAAAAUGUCAUAGUAUGUGAAUAAACAAAUGUGCAAAUUAGUGCCUGACAGCCAAAGUGAUACAAAGUGGUAUAGUUAUAUACAAAUAUCACAAAGUUAAAAUUAAAAUACAAAUGCCAACCAUGGACAAACUCUGGUAUAUAUUGUAUACCACAUAGAUUAUCUAGUACAUAUGUAAUUAAGAAAUAGCCACACACAUUUCACAUUCACACACCGCAUGGACUAUUAUGAGGUCGAUCGUGAAGGUCGGGAGUGAAGGGAUGAGGGAGUUAAUCACAAUUGGUGAGUACACUUUAUUUUUCUUAUAUAUACUUUUAUUGUAUGUUUACAUGUUGAUCCUGAGGAAGACCCGAACGGGUCGGAACGUCGAUCAGCAACUUGUAAAAAAAAAUUCUUGGAUGUAUUAAAUACUUCUACUUUUUUCUACAAAGACCUAAGAUUGCAUCUUUAUUUUAUAUAAUAUAUAUGUAAUAUAUAAUCUGGCACUCUACCUCAAAGGAUAACUAUAGUGUAAGGGAAACAAAGUGGUUUUCCUGACACUAUAGUGCCCCCACCCUCAGAAUCCCCCUCCCGUGGCGCUAAAGGGGUUAAAACCCCUUUAGCAGCUUACUUUAUUCCAGUGCCCGGCUCCCUCGGUGCUGGUGACCUCUCCUACCCCGCCGUCAGUGGAGCCAAAUGCUUUUCUAUGGACGCUCUGCGCGAUGGAUGCGGAAUUCACAUCCAGCGUCGCAGAUGCGCCUCUAGUGGCUGUCCGGAAGAGGCUGGAUUAACCCCAAAUGUAUACAUAGCAGUAUCUCUGAAACUGCUAUGUUUGCAUCUGAAGGGUUAAAACCUGAGGGACCUGGCACCCAGACCACUUCAUUGAGCUGAAGUGGUCUGGGUGACUAUAUUGUCCCUUUAAUAUAAUAUAGCUCCCAAUGACCACGGUGCUGCACAGUGUAAGGAUUAUACAAGAGCUAAAAGAAUGAGAGACCUCUAUGGAUUUAAAAAAAAGUAGAUUAUAUUCAAAUAUAGUCAAAAAAUGAAAAAAGAUAUAUAUAUAUAUAUAUAUAAAAAAAAAAACCCUUAGCAGCUUAUCUUAUUCCAGCGCCCGGCUCCCUCGGCGCUGGUGACCUCUCCUCCCCUGCCGUCAGUGGAGCCAAAUGCUUUCAUAUAUAUAUAUCUAUCAUAUAUAUAUAUGAGCAGGGAUGGCUAGCAGGUAUCUGUUGCAAUUGAGUAUAUUGCAUCAACGUUGGUGGAAGCGAGGGGGGAAUUUAGCUGUCAAAGAUGUGGAUUUUCAUGGAUCACUUGUCAUGGCGGCCAGUAGUGGGUUAUCAUGGAGAUCUAUGAUCCGUGGUUCCCAUGUGAGUGUGUAUUGGGAGUAUUAAGUGGCACUUUUCCUCUGCAGCUCUGAUCUUUCAACUUUUUGUAUCCAUUCACUCAUGGAAUAGGGGUCGGCCCGUUCUCUUAAAACUUUUAUGGAAUACUCACAUUGACUGUGUUGGAAUUUCACUGACAUUCCAAUCAAGUCAAAAGAUAUAGACAAAGUAAGGACUACUUUGCCUUAGUAUACUCUCUACGCUUGACAAAAUGCAGAGCUACUACAAUCAAGUCUUAUAAUUUCCCCUGUAUGGAAAAGGCAUUGUCCAUGAUGGCUCCCACAACCUGUCAGGAUCUUUCAUUAACCUCUCACUCAUGGAUGAAAGUACAACACUGACAUAGGCUACUGGCAGAAAAGCACCAGGAGUUGAAGAGGACUUGCAGUACCACUAUGGCAGUUGGCCAUGAGGGACAUGUUUAAGUAACCUGUCUUUCCCAGUGGCAUAGCCACUGCCAGGAAUAUGCAAUGACCACAGAUGAUGAGUCUUUCAUAUAGUUAGAGAUAACUAGAUGUCCUCCCUGAAGGUUCACCAUAUUGUAUUGAAUAAGUAGACAAUGCAAAUAAUGUAACACCCAUUUAGUGUAGAGUGAGCUGAGAUCUGUUGGGUGAGCUUUAAAUGCUACAUGGACAUGCAUCACAUAAGUACUCCUCCAGAAUUUGGAGUAGGACUGAUUGCCUCUCAGAUGGGAAUGUGAGCCUAUAUGUAGUGGUUGUGUAUUUUUGCCUUUAAAGGAGAGUUGUUAUUAUUUUAUAUGCAUUGUGUAUAUAAUAGAUUAAAGGAAAUCGGAUUACUCCCUGCAUGUUUUGUGCCAAUAAAUAAAUGUAUCUAAAUGGUUGUUUAUAAUGGUGGAAAAAACUAAAAAUGAGUUAAACUAGAUAAACUUAGUAAAAGGAUUGAGUGUCUCCAAGACACCUAUAAAAUAGAAAAUGGCAGCGAAGCACAUUAGUUACUGCAUUCACCCUUCUCCACUGGGUAUUCCGCAAUUUAGUUGGGUAAUACCAGUUACCAAUUAGUAUAUUCCUAAAUAAAUGGGAUACACCAUCUUCAUGUUGUGCAGUAAAUAUGGGUUGGAGAGUCUGUGUGACACACUCACACUUCUGAGGCAGAUAGAGCAGGGGAAAUAUGGGAAACCACUUGCAUGUUGAAACACCCCCUUCCCCUCACACACACACACACACAGGGGGUCUGGGGAAUGAUGCCAGUUUAUACAGAAUUUGGGAUUCCUAGUUUUCUAAUUGCUUACAUUUCUGUAAUUUCUGUAGUCUGAAAGGUAAGUCAUAACUAGUUUUGGCUUAAUGUGAUCUUGCUGUCUGAUAGGAACACAGAGUCCCGUUACGGCUUUUGCUGCUAAAGUGUUUUGGAGCCAUGUGUAACCUGGAUGCUGCCAUAAUUUCUGCUCUUGUCAACUCAGUCCUUCCCAUGGAACUGGCUCGAGACCUCCAAACAAACACACAGGGUAUGUUCCAUUUCUGAUUUUCGAUGUUAGCCUUUCGGUCUGGCGUGUUAAGUUGAAUACAAUUGGUUAUAUUGUUACUGAAGAACAUUAUAUCUAAUGUAAAUGGAAAUUUCCUUUCAGCAACACAGGGUAGACAAGCGCAAUCAUCCAAAUCUUAUUUAUAAAAAAAAAAAAAGUGUACUCGCUGGGAAUUUCGAAAAUAAAGUGUCAUGCCACAUGACAAGUUCAAGUACAUUAAUAAUGCAGGAGAUCUGUAAAGUCACUAGUUCACCCCCCUCCUCCCCCCCCACACGCAUUUUUAAUAAACACUGCAAGCAUCAUACCCACAACUGCACACAGUGAGGUCAUGUGGUCCAAUCAAAUUUUUUUUUUUUAGAGAAACAUUACCGGCUUCCAGCACGUGCAAGACAAGUGACAGAGCGCCAAUCCAAAUUUUUUUUUUUAUGUAUUAAAUCUAAUGCUUCUCUGUAAGAAACAUUAGCACAGUUCAUGUCAUCAUGAAGUGAUGAGGCCGAACAUGAUGUACUUACAAAAAUUGAACAAUAUAUGGAACAAAUGCUUGUAAUUAGUCGGUUUGUUUUACAUUGUCCAUAUAAAAUUUAGGGAUUUUGGAGCAUAGUGUCUCUCUUUUAGUACCCAUCUGCUGAGCACUUAUUCUCUAUAAGUCUAUUGACAAAUGCAUUCUGUUCUUCUAAUGGAAGCCCAUUGGAGAUUCUCUUUAAUUUAUGCUACUUAUCCCAGAAAUUAGAAGGACAUAAUAUAUGAACAGACCGCUCUACAUUGGAAAUUUUACAUCUACGUUGCUUAUGUACGCUAGACAAUUACAAUAAAACGCAGGGGUAGGCAGCCUUUGGCACUUUAGGUGUUGUGGACUACAUCUCCCCCGAAGCUUUGCCAGCAGUAUGGCUGUUAGAGCAUUACCCCUGCCCUAGGAAAUUAGUGCUUUUUAAGUAAACCUUUUAAAAUACUGCACCAUGAAUCUGCAUGUGUUUUGGGCAGUUGAGUGUUAACUUUUGCUCGGAAUAGUGGACUAUUAUUUUUAUUUCUGCUGGGCACCCCAACACUAUUCUGCAGAGCCUGAGCAUGGCUCUGUUCCACGUGAGUGCAUCUAGUUUGUGUGUACUCCAAUUAUCCGUUCUCUGUAUAUAUUUUCUCUUGUAGAUUUUGCCUAUGUAUGUAAGCAAGAUUAUUGAUAUUAGAACUGUUUUUAUCCUUUUAUAUUUUGUUUACGCAACACAUUUUUUCCCAUUCGGUUCGAAGCUCUGCUGAUUGAUGUACAAGGAAAAGAAGUUUUAUAAAUUUUAACGUUAAGUUAUCAUGUUCUUUCCUAUUGUUGUCUAAAGUUUGGAAAAUGCCUUUAUAAAGUUGAGUGUGCGUGUUAAAUCGGUUUGUCUAUAAGCUGCUCAUAUUGUGACAGAAACCUUGUGUUGCUCCUGAGAAGGAGUUUUGUUCUAAUGCGAGGAAUGUUGAUUACAUUGUUCCUCCGCUACACUUCAUAAUUUCUCCAUUCCCAGCAAAGUAGCUCAUAAAUCAUAGCAAACAGAUUUAAAGCAAACAAUAUAUUUUUGUUUUAAAACGUAAAAUGAAAUGGCAUUAGCCUUCUAUUUAAAAUGACAAAGUGAACUGCAAGUGCCGUGAAUAUUGCGCUGAAAUAACAAACAGGUCCCAGUUAUCUUUCUUCAUGAUUGCGCAAUCAGAAAUGUAUUCACCGUUCGCAUGGACAGUUCCUAUCCAUAAUUUAUUUUCGCUCUUUCUUAAUGCAGUUUUCCUUUACUAGAGAGGUCUCUUUAUUUUACUGUCCUAUCGCAGUCUGUCGUAAUUGAAUGCUGUUGCUGAUAUUCUUAGCUGUGGGCAAUGAAACCACAAAGUUUCUUUAAAUUGUAAUAAACACCUAAUACAGAUUUGUUUGUUUUCUCCUUGGAACAUCUGGAAGAAUUCUUUUAUUUUAUUUUUUUGUAAAUCAUUCUUUCAUUGAGGCAUAGGUAAAGUGGAUACAGAAAAGAAAAAGUGGGGAUAUAUAUUAAAUGGUCACACAUCCAAAUUGCAAUGAUACACACAUUGAUAUAUCCUCUGCGACAUGGCAUCCUCAUUUUAAAGUUAUAGUAUACAUGUUAAAAUGACACAUCAAAGCACCCAGUAAAACAGUGGUAGUAGAGUAAAGAUAGUAAGCUAGAUGUGUAUUGAAAGGUACUUGGUGGAUAGUAAAUUAGUAGCUAGCUAUGGCUAGAGAAUCAUCAGUUCCACCAAGAGUAGAUAAUUAAAUGGUCAACUGUAUGAGCCUAAUUCACAGCCAAUACUAAAACACAUAAAUUGAUCAUAACAAAGUGCCUGGCAAGACAAUCUAUGCUUAACAGUAGCGGAGUAAGAGACGUGAUGAGGUGCCUGAAAGUGAGUACAAUUUAGAAUAAAAUAACAUAAAGUGCCAGUGGGAGUACUGUAGGGUAAACGUUAGCUGGCGUAAUAUAUACGUUGCGGUUCAUGUUUGGGAUAAUAAGUUGAAGGACCACUGGGUCUGCACCACUAUUGAUUAUAACAGUUUGCUAGACUUGGUCACCAGGUCUCCAGGUUAGUUACGAGGGUGGAUGCCUAUGUAUAGUGUGAGUUUGUCACCCUGUCAUGGCUGUUAAGUGAUAUCACAAAUUAUUUGCCUUGCGUAAGAGCCUUGGCUAGGUAAUGACAUAUAAUCCAUCAUUUAGCACUUGCAUCCUUUUAAAAUGCGCAAUCAUGGAACUUCAAAGGCUUAAGAUAAUCUCCUAUUUCUUAGCAUAAGAUAAAGACGGUAACACAUUAUAAUUCCUUACUCUAGUAAGGAAAGGAAUUAGGCGCUCACUGUAGUAAUAAACUGAGAAUGAUAUCGGGCAGCUGUAAUCAGUACAAGGAUUCCCGACCUUGUGAGUGUUAGAGUAUAGAAAGAAUGGAGGAGACCGCGCCCCAGAAUGUAUAAUUAAAAAUCGUAUACGUACACAAGUCUUUUGUGGUGUUAUAUAUAUACAAUUGACCUCAAAAACAAAAGGACAUGAAGGAACAAUAGCGCAAAAUGUUAUAUUCAGUGAGUAAGUGUUCAAGUACUCUUAUAUGGUAUCACUCACAUUUGCCAGAGCUAACUCAGAGAUCUGCAUGUUCCUUUUAUGUAAGGUUUAUCACCUGUCCUGUUUUAUAUUAUAUAAUAUGCUUGAUGCCACCAUAUGCACUUAAGUCAUUUGUCCAUUUCAAAUCUUCUGUAUGUUUUAUGUCACUAUAUGCACAUAAAUACUGUUAAUACUAUUUGUGCAUUUUAAAUUCAAAUUUAAGAGUUUCACUAUGAAUUCGGGAUCUAAUUCUCAUCUUUUACAUUUUUUUCUUUUAUAUUUAUAUUUAUUGCUAUAUAUAUAUAUAUAAUAUCUGUGUCUGCUUAUUGAUCUCAUUAUAUCAAUAUAUAAAAUAUAAUCCAUCCUACAUUGGAAUUUAAAUAACACGGGUUGUUAAGAUUAUGUAUUGUUGCAAUAACUUAGCCCCAUCCUUUCAUUUUCCCACACUUUGCCCUCUUAUGAUAUGGCUGAAAAUUACUGCUGAUAUAGAAGAAACGAAGUCACUUCCGCCGGAUGUCCGGACUGAUCUGUAUAAAGUGCAACAAGGUGGACUUUAUACACACUAAAGGAACGCGCAAACAGUUGAUUUGAAUCCUCUCUCCACUUUCCAAUAUCGGUAUUUACCGAUCGGAAUGCAGCAGCGCCAUUUUGGCUUUGUUUGCAUUCCACAGUUCUAUUAAACGCUGCGUCACUUCCGGUGUGACGUGUGCAUUCCAAUAGUGGUUACAGGAAACAGGAAAUGAUACCUGUAGUACACCAGGAGAUAAUUACCAUUAAUAGACUAACUAUAUAAACAAAUGCAACCAGGACUUAACCCACACUUCUGAAGAAGCCUCCACAGGUGAAAUGUGUAAAGUGGGACUCUUUUAAAGACACUACAUAAAUUUUUAUUGUUUUUGUUAAUAAAUGGUAAAUUUUUACACCUUUUAAAAAAAUGUACUCUCUAUCUUCGAUUUUUUUUAUUUUUUUUAUUUCCUGGUUACCAUCAUAUUCCCAGGUGAGGAUUAUACCACCCAUGCUGCACACACCAGAGCAAGUUCUGCUCUAGUAAAUGUGAGUACAUUACUUUACUUUAUUUUCUUUUUAACAUCUAGAAGUACUUACUUCACUAUUGGAUUAUUUCUCUGUCUCUUUAUAUAUGACCUACAUACUGCACUUUGCCUGAGUCUACCAAAGACGCCAAUUUCUGCAUAUAUCCUUAGACGGGGAUGUAACGGCUACCCAGCUGUACAGGGGUAUCUGCCGUUGGAGAUGUCCUUUUCUGUGCAAGCUGCUGUGCAGUAAUGGAGUUCUUAUUCCCAUCCACGAUAUCCCAGGGUAUAAUCCAGCAGUGCUGUAAAAUGAGGCAGAGUAACGGUACCAUAAAUCCCCUCCAAGAACGAGACGAGGCUACGUUUUGAAGGGUCAAGUAGAACUAACUUUUAAUGACAGGCGAUCUCUUUUUAUGCAAUGGUGCCCUCUGAGAGGCUACACCCACAUAAUUAGUAACACAGCCAAUUAGACACAUGGUUCAACCCCCACGUCUCCUCCCCUCAGAUAACAUGUAACACAAUUAAAACAGACAUAAAUUUACCCACAUUCUGGAUGUACCCCAAAAACAGGGGGUACACCUUUAAGUCCAGCUACCACUCAGGGGAAUAACAUAUCCAAAUUUCAAGUCAUUCGGUUGCGGGGUUCGGGAGUUAUGGGUCUUUGAAGAUUUGAUCAACCGCACAGGGUUUUCAGCCGAAAAGAGUUCCACAAGUUUUGGCCUUGCAGUCGGUCCCCGUUCGUGAAUAAAAACCCCACGAACCCCUUGCCAUCCACAGUAAUCCUGCCGUUCGCCUGAAUCCCCAUGCAUGCUUAAACAAAACUACCGAACGGCCGGUCGUUCGGUAGUUUCAGCACGAACUUACGAGCUCCUGGAGGUCUCAGCGGUGUUCGCCUGUUUGCGUAUCCGUUUUUAGUUCCAUGCGUUCACAGGCAAACACCGCCGUUCGUGCGUAAGAUGGCCGCGAACACGUGUAAAGUCCCGAAAUGGCGGCCACCUACUCUGAGUACAAAGGGAUUCGUCUGAACCAUGCGAACGGCUCCACAAUCACUGGGAGGUAAAAUAGUAAUUAACUGUUCCCCUGGGUGGUCUGAUGUUCGGUAUUUUGGGUGGUUUGUUAGGGUAGCAAUAGUUACACGAACACCAGUCAUUCGGUUCUGUUUAAACCCCCCUAGCAGCACUGUAGAUAAAGUUCAGGCAAAACAAUACAGGGUUCUGUUACAGGGGAUUUUUCCAUCCACGUACACGAACAGCUGAGCUUUGAGUUAGCUCAGGCAAAUGUGAGUGAUACCAUAUAAGAGUACUCGAACACUUACUCACUGAAUAGAACAUAUUGCACUAUUGUUCCUUCAUGUCCUUUUGUUUUUUAGGUCAAUUGUGUAUAUAUAUAACACCACAAAAGACUUGUGUACGUAUACGAUUUUUAAUUAUACAUUCCGGGGCGCGGUCUCCUCCUCCAUUCUUUCUAUACUCUAGUAACAUGGUGAUCGAGAUGAGCAAAUAAAGAAAACCUGGAGAGGUAUGCGAGUGUAGGGGCCGUCCAGUAAGCGAGUCCCGGUAUUGGCUAUCUGGGGGCUUAAUGGGUGUUGAGCGGCAUUAUGAGACAGAGUCCGAACAGAGCCCUACCUUAGCCCUGGGCCAUCCUGAAGUCCUGCAUCCAUUGUCCACGAACUUGGGAGCUCAUGCUAGAGACAGAGUUCUACCCUGUAGUCGAUGUCCUGGGAUCGUAUCCCUGUUGGUCUUCGGCCCGGGUAGGCCACAUGUGUGUGAUUGUAACGCUGUUGAGGAAGGAGCGCCCCGAGAGGGCCUGCUUAUCUCCCUUCUCUUCCUCCCCUCACUCCUGUCUGCCAGUGCUGUUGUCAUCUCAAGGUGGGCUGAAAGCGUAGCCCAGAAGGUGUCAAAGAUCUGACACAGUGUUGUUUCAGCUCACAUGUGCACUGUCUAGGGCAUGCUACAGUGCAUGAAGGCUGUAGAGGGUUGUGGUGUUCUCCAGUGGGCCGUCGCACCCCAGCUCAAACUUGAGUAUGCCUCAGUCCGGGUAAUCCAGCUCUGAAUGGGCUUGUGUUGUGUAUCACCAGGCUCACCAGCGUCUGCUUAGCGUCUCUUAGGGUCAUAAUGAGCAUGUGGCCCGAGGUUAGCUCUGGAAUUUAGGUAACACAGAGUCUGGAGCUCAGAUAAGACACAUCUGAUCCGUUCAGCAGUCAGGCUCCGCCUCCUGCAAAGAAUUCUUAAUGCUGAUUUGGGCAUUGGGAAAUCGCAGUGCAUUCCUUGUCAAAUCUUUUCAUUUCUUAGUUAAAAAGAAAAAAUAUGUAUAUUGAAGGGACCCUCAAUGUACCAUUAGAACUUAUGCUCCAUUCACAAAGUAUAGUGCAUGAGGUAUCCUCUGUCCCGUUGUGCUUUUGUUUCACUGCAGCUGUAAGCCCAACCAUUUACUCAGAUAUUUAUCACAGUGGAAGUCAUGUUUCUCCUUUUCAUAAAAGUGCAGGUAUGGAAUAUGCUCACUGGGUGAAUAGACACAAGUCAAACACCUUACGUUUCUAUGUGGUUACCUUACAGCUUUCUGUGGAGGAGCUUGAACUGAACUCUUAUCUAUAGCUCCAUUUCUAAAAACAAUCUAGACGCUGAUAACUGGCUAGUAUCUAUCUGGGUUUUUUGCCUCCCUUUGUAGUCUAGCACUCUGUUCUCACAGAAAAACAUUACCUUUAAUUGUACUUUAAUUGUAAGCUUUCUGCUGUUGGAGCCCUCAGUAUUUAGAGAACCAUCACUUUUUUUUGACUGUUCAAUGAAAGGUUUUACUCAAAUAAGCAUUUAAGAAUAGAAACCGCAAGAAUUUUGCAUAGUGGACAAUACAGCAGAACCCCUGAUGGCUUCUAUUUUAGUUUCUGCUUUCAUAGAUUUUUAUUCACUAUUCUUUAAUAGGAGCGUGGAGAUAAAGUGCAGUCUUUAUGUAUGUAUGUAUUGUUCUGUCAAUGUUCGUCACCGAAUGAUAAAAGCCCCAAGCGUUCCCCUGAUGUGCCAUACAUUUCACGGACGCGUGUCCACAGUCUAAAUCUAUAGAACCUGAUUACGUGUAAAUCACCACACGACAUGAAGGCACAUGAUUUUUGCGUAAAUAAUUGAUCGAGAAGCUGCAGUUUCCUUGUGAGAUAUAAAGGUUUGUACUAAUAAUCUGGGAGAAAUUAAAGGUAAAUGUAUAAAUCAUAGAAAGCCGUUCAGAGCGUAACGCUGAUAACUAUUGUACCUAGAAUGAAAAAAUCCUUGAAGCUGUAGGUGUGUUUUGUCAAGGAGCUUGUAAUGUGUUAUUUGGUGAAUUUAUCACCCAAUUUUUUUUAAUUAUUGCUGAUUGUAUUUGGUUAUAAAUAUUGAUGACAUUGGGGGCACAUUCCUCUAUUUGCUACUUUGUUCUGAUUAAUGUGAUGCUUAUAUGAUUCCGAAAGUAUGUGGUAAUCAGCUUGGCCAAGGUCAUAGGUUGGUGGCAAAUCAACUAGUCAUAUGCUUUUAGGGCCUGGUGCCCUUAACCUUUUCAUCUGGAAAAUCAUAAUUAUCAUUCAAAUAUUAUCUUUAGCUAUGAAAUUAUAUAACUGCCAAGUGCUACUUGGUAAAUAUUGUAAAAAAUAAUUUUUAUUUUUGGGCAAGAGCCUGAUUGGUGAGCAGCACAUAUAAUGCAUUGCACACAUCGCCAGCAUGCAGACAGUUAACAAAUAGACAGGAGGGAGCAAUUCUUUUAGGAUGGCUGCAUAAAGGGUCAGAGGUGACUCACAGUAAGAGGUCACUGGAGCUUGACUCUACAGUCUGAUUGCUGAGCACAUACUAUUCAUGUUACAGCUCCAGAAAAGGGACAUGAAGAAUAUUAAAACUAAAUACAAUAUGUUUGUAAAAAGACAUUCUAUUUCCUGCCCAAUUCCAAAAAUCCUCUCUGUCCAUACUCCUUUCGUCUGUUGGAAUAAUGGCACACGCUAACCAAAGUCUGUCUUUUUAUGCGUGCCUUUAACAAAAGGCAGGAAGGAAUCAUAAACGCUACAUAAGUAGCGCUUCUAAUUUUGAAUGGGGGGGUAAGGGGAUGUUUGUAUUUGUUCUUGUUUUGUUUUUUCUCCUUUGGAGUGUAUUGAUAUAAGGUGACCUUGACUCUCAGACAAGCUAAUCUAAUUGUAGUCUUUGGAAUCAGUGGCUGGCGGCUGCAUCUCUUACUUCGUCAUAAUCCCUUUUACUCUUCUUGAAACAGUCUGUGGCCUUGUUCAAUAAAGGAAUAGGAAAUCUUAAGUCCUUCCACUCCCGGGAUCACAAUCGAAUAGUUAAUAAGGCUAAGCCAACUGGUUAAAUGUUGUAAGGUCUUUUUGAAGUAGGGAAGUUCUACCUUGGGAACAGGUUGUCAUGCAGUUUUGGCAAAUGCACAUUACCCCUUUUCCUGCGAUAAUAUGAAAAAGUUAUGUGACUGAAAUCUGUGUUAAUUGCUUGAAAUGCUUACUCCAUUGGAGUGUAAACAUCUUGCCACUAAUCCCUAAAAUGAAUUCCCUGAAUUCCCUCUGAAUUUGUGUUUUAUUGCCAGAUUUGUGACUUGCAGGAGGGGCAGAUUCCCACAUGAAUGUUUUUGUUUUUCUGUGCAGUGGAGACGAGAGGAGACUGUCAAAGUCUUUGAACAGUUUAUCAUUUAGAAAGUUUGUAUCAUCCAUCCUGUUGGUAUUUAGAAAGUGGUGUCUGUGUGAGGAAUAGAUAGGGUAAUCCGUUGCUGACAUCCCAUAUUGUUUAAACAGUCCUCUCCUAAAGGACAUUCUGCGCCCCCUACUGACUUUAAUUUUAGUUUUACACUUCUUUACUUGAUAUGUGGCCCUGAUUUCCCAUAUUUAGCUUCUUGCCAUCUUGUCCAGCAGUUUAAACUGGAAUUUUGAUAUGUAGACCUAGUUAAAUGUUUUAGCAGAAGCACAUAAACAAGUAACAUGAAGUACAUUGUGUAUGCUCGUAAUCUCAAACCGUACAUUAUGGGUGCACUAUGAUGCAGUGAACAGAUUAUUAGGAGGGCUCUUCUCCUUGGCAAAAUGAAAACUGCGUAAUCAGUUUGGCUGAAUUUCACUGUUUAGUAAUAGCCAAAUACCACAGUAUUAUAGUGAAAUUAAUUAUGUGGCAAUCUAACCACUACUGGAGCUGAAUAGUCAAGGACUUCCUUAAAAUCAUCACACUGUUUCCAAGUAUAUUGUCCUAAAUUUUGGUCUUACCGGAGUAAUGGUACAUGGCUCUAACAAUUGAUAAAUGGCAUAAUUUGCUAAAAUAAUGGCUAAUGUUCUGCAAAUUAAAUAUUUUAGACUAUCAGGUAAAAGGGAAGGCAGCCUGCUGAUAAAUUGCCAAAUUUCUACAAUUCUUUUUCUAGUCAUUAGAAAUAUUUUCCCCUCCCCCUUCCAAAUGUAAUAAAAUAAGCACAUUUGAGGAUAGUAGAUAAAUUUGCUCUCAAAUCAUAUUAAGUAUAUACCCGGGCUGCUAGGAAUACAUGUGCAGUUCAUUCUAGGGAAAUAAGUGCUUUGUAUAUAGCUACCUUCCCAGCACAGGUACAGUACAGAUUUGAGGAUGUACGUGAAUAAACUUAGGUAUCAGGUAGAAAGAUAUCUAUAUAUCUUCUGUUUAGCUUAUAGCGUAUAUUUUCCCAUCACUGUUUGCAAUAAUUGACUACAUUCCUGUCUCAUCUUCUUUAUUUAUAACUAGUUACAGACUAGGAUUAUUCCCAAGGCAUACAAACGUCUAUAGCGGGCCAUUCUCAGCACUGCUACGUUUGUAACAUCUUAAUUGUGUAAUGUAGGCUUUAACUAUUGUGAAUUACAUGGCACAGAUUCCAGAUCACGACUCCUCUGAUAUAAAUUGCAUCAUUAUAGGGAGUGGAGUCUCAUGUGGAUUCCCAUCUAGGUCUUACCCAGCAUUAAGGACUGCACCCCUGUGCAUAUUCUCCAACCUUUGAACCCUAGAAUCUAUGUGCCUGAUUAUAAACGGGGAUGGAGGUACAGAACAUGUUCCCACAGAACCCCUCUUUCCACGGUUCUAUGAGUAUUAUCACUCAAGACCUUGUGAGGGCUUUCAGCAGCUCCUACUGAAAUUUUUAGGUCGACAUAAAAAUGUUUACAGUCGUGUUACUUUGGGAUAACUGGUUCACACAAACCACUCAAAUUAUCCCUAAAGGCGCAUGAAAUAUCUCUUCUUUCUUGCCCUUUCAAUUGCUAAUUGCAUUUAUUGCUGGUUUGUACAUGCUGCUUGCCUUUUCUGAUGCUUUCUAUAUCAAAAAGCUAUCAAUAAUGUAUGCACAGGGACACCAGCUGAGAGAAAUAUAUUGUAGCUGAUAGGAAAUCAUUGAAAUUAAUAACUGAGCCAUGUGGCUUUCAUGGAGCUGUAAUGUUGUUUCUAACAAUAGAUCUCAUAUAUAUCUGGUAAAGCCUUCCAUCACUCAGUUUUCUUUAAACUUUGGAAUGAAUUUUAUCACCUAAGCAAUGGUAGAAUAUAAAGAAAUGACAAGAUAGCAGAAUUUCAAGCAGAUGUCCAUUGCUGUCAUUCAUAGCCCCUUCUGAUCUAAUUAUACUUUUUGACACCUUUUCUCCUUCGUGGCCUCUUCUGGUCUAGAUUAUGGCAGCUUUUCAUCAUGAUUCUGAAGAAUAACACUCUCUUUUAAGGCAAAUCUUUCACUCGGGCAUGUAUAUAGGUGAUACAUUUUCCAAACAAAACUAAUUCCACACCCCUGUUAGAGAGGAAAUUUUAUAAAAGCAAGGGAAAAGUUUGGAGGGCAGGGGGGCACAUCUGUACUCAAGAUGUACUUGGAUACACUAAGAAUUGGGAAGUUAAGAGGUGAUUGUGAAUGGAUAUGUGUGGCAAAAAAUAAAUAUUGUGCUUGAGUAUCCUUUAGUGUGGCAGUUUUGGAUAUGUUUCCCUUUUUAAUCUCCUUUUUUUUUUUUUUUUAUUGUUUGACUUGAAUUAGUGGUGUGCUUCUCAUUAUGUGACAUGUAAUACAUGACCUGUAAGUGUUGAAAAUGGGUUUCAAUUCUAGAAAUAUGAAGUAUUCUUAAAGUCAGGACAAUUGCACACAUUGUGAGAUAGUCUUCACUAUAAUGUGAUUUUAUAGUAAUGUGGUUAAUGCCGGUUCUCUAUGCAUUUGUGCACUGUUGUGUUUUAUGUGCUCUGAAAGUGGCUUUGGCACCCCCAAAACUAUUUUGAGAAUUUCACAAGUAUAAAACUGUUAUGGAAUUCUCACAAAGACUGUGAAAGUAUUUAAUUUUCAAGAUAACCCCUGCUUUGUCUUAUGGUAAAACUCUAACAUGACAAAAGGUGGAGAUACCAUUGUCAAGUUUUGUUACUUCCCACAGCAUUUUGCCCUGCAUAGGCACUAGUCUCCCAGUGCUUUCCUAUGGGGAAAAUAUUGGUUUCCCUGAGAUCAUUGUCUCAAUGACAUCAGCCAAGGAUGUGGACGGCAGCAUGAAAACCAAUAAUGCGAGGGAGAAAAGAUGAGUAAAAUACCACCCAAAAAAGUAUAAAAAAUAUUUCAUCUUCCUUAAACAGCCACCAGGGCACUGUGGCAUUAGGAAUAAAUAUUUGUUUUCCGAAUACUAUAGUGUUCUUAAAGGGACACUAUAGUCACCAGUGCAACCACAUUUAUUCCUGACCUUAUAGUGUUAACAUGACCAUCUAGCCCCCCUGGGCCCCUCAUGCCUCCAUAAAUAUAGUACAAAUCUUACUGUAUUCAAGCCAGAAGCUGUAAAUCUGCAUGCUGUUAGACACAGGAAAAACAAGCAGUCUGCUGACAUGUGAUAGCCUGAUCCAAUCACAAUGCUUCCCCAUAGGACUGGCUGAGACUGACCAGGAGGCAGAUCAGGGGCAGAGCCAGCAUGAUUCAAACACAGCCCUGGCCAAUCAGCAUCUCCUCAUAGAGAUGAAUUGAAUCAAUGAAUCUCUAUGAGGAAAGUUCAGUGUCUGCAUGCAGUGGGAGGAGAUACUGAAUCACAAGAUGCUGUGCUCUGCUGACUGCAGAUCUGAGUGGAUGGAGGCAUAUUAUCCAUCAAUUCCAAAGUCCCUCUGGUUCACUCUGAGUGACUGCAACUGGAGGUCUCCCUAGCUUUCAAUGUAAACACUAUUUUCUCAGAAAAUAGGGUUUACAUAGUUACAUAGCUGAAAAGAGACUAGCGUCCAUCAAGUUCAGCCUUCCUCACAAAUGUUGUUGCUGUUGCUCCAAAAGAAGGCAAAAAACCUGGUCUGAAGCGCUUCCAAUUUUGCCACAAACUAGGAAAAAAAUUCCUUCUUGACCCCAAAAUAGCAGUCAGAUGUCUCCUUGGAUCAAGCAGCUAUUACCUCACUAAUUAGAAAUUAUAUCCCUGUAUGUUAUGUUUUUGUAAGUAUUUAUCCAAUUUCAGUUUAAACAUCUGUAUGGACUCUGACAAAACCACCUCUUCAGGCAGAGAAUUCCAUAUCCUUAUUGUAUUUACUGUAAAAAAAACUUUUCUUUGCCUUAGAUGAAAUCUCCUUUCUUCCAGCCUAAAUGUGUGACCUUGUGUCCUAUGUAUAGCCCUGUUUAUGAGUAGAUUUCCAGAUACAGGUUUGUACUGGCCCCGAAUAUAUUUGUAUAAAGUUAUCAUAUCCCCUCUCAGGCGCCGUUUUUAAUGGCCUUAGCAACUGCAGAUUGACAUUGCAUAUUGCUGCCUAAUUUGUUGUCUAUAACAAUUUCCAAAUCCUUCUCGUGUGUGGUUAUCCCUAAUUCACUACCGUUUAAUGUGUAAGUUGCUUGUGCAUUCUUAACCCCGAAGUGCAUAACUUUGCAUUUCUCUAUGUUAAAUUUCAUCUGCCAUUUUAGUGCCCAGUCCCCCAAUCUAUCCAAAUCUCUCUGCAGCAAAGCAAUAUCCUGCUCACAUUUUAUUACUUUACAAAGUUUUGUGUCAUCUGCAAACACUGAUACAUGGCUUUCAAUGCCUAUUUCAAGAUCAUUUAUAAAUAUGUCAAAUAGAAGUGGUCCCAAAACAGAACCCUGAGGGACACCACUUACCACUUUUGUCCAGCCUGAAAAUUUACCAUUAAUUACAACUCGUUGUACUCUAUCCUUAAGCCAAUGUUCUACCCAAGAACAAGAAUAUUCAUCUAGACCAAUUUCUUUUAGUUUGAAGACUAACCUAUUGUGAGGAACCGUAUCAAAUGCCUUGGCAAAAUCCAAGUAGAUCACAUCCACUACAACACCCUGAUCUAUACUUCUACUUACUUCUUCGUAGAAUGCAAUUAGGUUAGUUUGACAUGACCGAUGUUUCAUAAAACCAUGCUGAUUAUUGCUAAUAACAAAGUUCUCCCCAAUGAAUUCCUGAAUUUUAUCCCUUAAUAGCCCUUCAAAUAUUUUCCCAGUUACAGAAGUUAAGCUCACAGGUCUAUAAUUUCCUGGCAAGGAUUUUGAACCCUUUUUAAAUAUAGGAACAACAUCUGCCUUCCUCCAAUCCUCCGGUACAACACCUGAAACAAAAGAAUCUUGAAAAAUUAAAUACAGAGGUUCACUUAUUUCCCCACUUAGCUCCUUAAGUACUCGUGGGUGAAUACCGUCAGGCCCCGGAGCUUUAUUUACAUUAAUUUUCUGUAAUAGCUGGAGCACCUUGUCUCGAGUUAUCCAAUCACAAGUUAUUUGCAAGUUUUUUGCAGCAAUCAUUUGCAUAUCUCUUGCCAUAGGAUCCUCAUUAAUAUAUACUGAAGAAAAAUAGUUAUUUAAAAUUUCUGCUUUUUCCUGGUCUUCAUUAGCUAAUAAACCCAACUCUGUUUUUGUGUUUACAUGAGAGAGGAUGCAGGGAGCUAUAGUUCUCACCUGAACAACCUCAUUAAGCUGAAGUUGUUCAGGUGACUAUAGUGUCCCUUUAAGUAGAAUUCACUUAUUGGAGUUAACUCUGAGUGCACAUGCAUUCAAUCUCCCAAUGCCUUCUUUUGGGAAAGCAUUGGAUUGCCAAAGAUCAUCAAUCUAUAUGAUGCCUAUGUUGCAUAAGUAUAAAUACAAAAAUAUCAUUAAAAUUUUGAUUGGAAAUGCUUUGGUUAAAUGUAGUUGUAUUUUAUCCCCUUCCAGAGCACCAGAAGAUGUGUUACUCUGCUUUAGUCUUAUCGAUGAUUUUCUCUAUGGGAGAGCCUCUUCCAUACCACCAUUAUGGUAAGUAUCCAUUAUAGUAUGUUUUAAGCAUUUCUUCUUUUUCACUUCUAGGUGACUUUGAGUUCCCUUGUAGCACUGUAACUUUGUUUUUUGCCCCAAGUGUCACAAUAAAACCUAGUCUACAAUGCAAUUGCAGGAUGUUUUAGACGCUAUACUGAAGAACUGGAACUCUUUUGUUACAAUAAUCUUACUUAAUGCCAGUUAGAUGUUUGCAGAACUCAAUAAUCAAUUUAAGAUUAGCUUUGGGUUGUGCUUUUAUUUUUCUAAAAAUCACUUCAGCUUUAAAGUUCAUUAAUUACCUGUCCUGUCAUCCUGACAUAUAAAUUACAUUACCUCUGAAGUGCUGUACAUGCAGGCACAUCACUUUUAAAGUAAUGUGCAUGCAUCAUACAGACUUUCUGUACAUAUGCCUGGAACAUCAUGGCUACACAAUGUUGCCCUGGUUGUAAAACCAAGUAUGUUUUUUUUUUUAUAUAUAUAUUUUUUUUCUUUCAUAUUUUGCCAGCUGUACACACCACUGUAAAUGCUUUGAGAACUGUUUGACUCCUUAAAAUUUGGGGUGGGGAGGAUGGGGGCCGCAUCAGAACACCCCCGCCACUCCUGGCGCAUUAUACCAGUACAUUUUUGUGGUUAUGAUGCCUAGUGUGUUCCUUUUACAUCGUCACACAAAGGUCAUAGCAUUUAAAGGACGCCCUGGGUACAGCUACAGCGUACAGUAGCCACUUUGGUGUCCUCUAAGCCAAAGUUUCCCAGAGCCCCUUUAAGUAAUAUUUAAAUGUAUCAAAUUCUAAGUGCAACAAAAAAUUACCAGUUGCAGCCACUUUAAAAAAAAAACAAAAAAAAACAACUUAUAUGUGAGUGCUAUAAGUUUUCUACUUUCAAUUAUAAAAUAAAUAUUUUUUUAUUUUAGUUUUUUACUUUACUUUAGCAAUAUUCAUACCCAUAAUUCUAGUUGAUUGCUAGUAUGUUUUUCAUAAGGCAGCUGUUUCAGCGGAAAGGCCUGCCAACUAUACAGAUGUGGAAACGAUGGAUUGACUUGCACCAUGCCGGUGGCUGUCAGUGGCAUGCGUUGCUCAUGGAAGUUGUUUAGUAAAGGCGGCACUGUCUUUCUUCCUUCAGGCAUGCUUUAAAUCUCCUUCUGGCAUUGGUGAUGAUUUGUUUUGAUCCAGUACAUGAGUUGUGACAUAUGUUAUGUUCAUAGUGCUCGCAAUCAAUGAACCGAGACAUGAGUCAUGCACCAGCUGUGAAUAUAAACACAUCUAUGUUACUCUUGUUGUGAACAGAACAUCUGAACUCCCAGUUUGUCCAGUUCCUGUUGGACGUUAUUGAGAACGGUUUGCCAUCUGAUGUUACGGAGCAGCUGCCGGACCUGUUUAUCAAUGUGCUUCUGGCUUUUAACCUUCAUAUACCAGGUGUGAACUCAGUAUGUCUCAUUGAACAAAACGUUCAAGUGUUUGUGCGUGUGUUUGUACAGGUAGGAAUGAUUUGACUAUACUGAAUUUCCUUUAACCCUUUAGAUAUGUCAUUCACCCGACAAAGCUGUGAUCAUACCCUUUACUACUCCUAUUCUCUGUUACUCUAUAAAAGAGCCAGCAUCCCAUUAACUGAAGCAAAGUUCAUGUAAAACAUAACGAAGCAGGAUGGCUAGCAGUUUUACAGUCACCAUAACUCAUCAUGGGGGGUUAAGAUUGAGUCUAUAAAUAAACAAAAGGUCACCUACUGGCUCAGAUCAUUUAACAAUUACAAGUGGCAGAACCAGUCAGCAGUCCAUCAAACAUGGCAGGCUCACAGAGAGACAACAAGAAGUUAAAGAAACACUGCAAGCACUAUAACCAUUACAUGGUGGUUUUAAAACAUUUGACUUCUUACAUUGGUGUGGGGGAGGUGCCAGGCUCAACUGGAACAAAAAUAAAGUAUCAGCACUAACCCUAAAUUUGUGUACCAGCCCAAAAAUUAAAAAGGGGUGUGCAUAAAUUUAAAAAAAGUCCCCUAAGUGAUUCAAUUUUAAAGAUUUAUAGUCCAUGUAACGCAAAAAAAGUAAUAGUGUGUAUUGUCUACACACUCAUUUGAGACAUAACAGUGUAUUAUUACACCUUUAUUUAAAGUGAAAGGUACAUCAAGUAAUCUGUUGUUUACUUUUCAAAUCAUACUCCACUUCAUUAUCAUUCUAGUGUAAAAGAAGAAAAUGCAGAAUCAAACUUCCUAUAUGUGCUAAUUAAAAAUACAUUUGUAGUGGGGAGGUGGAGCUUAGCGGCAAACCAGAGCAGUCACCAAUUUCACCAGCUAAGCAAUAAGCACACAAUCUGCUAAUUAACGGCCGACCUACCAUCCAUCCACAGACGAACAAGUUGGAUACACACACGGGCAUCCUGCCGAUCCAGCAGAUGUCCUUUCUUUCACUCCCCGGGCAAGAAAUACAGCUGCAAAGGCCUACCGCAGAGUGGAACGACCCCUGGAGUUCGCCAGAGGAUUACCAGAGUGGAGUGCAGCUGCAAUCCUAGAUCCCACACACCGAACCCCAUACUCUUGAGGAGAUGGGGCGACGGUCACAAAAAACAACCACGCUUGCAACCAAACCGCAACGCAACAUCAGUCUCAUGCUGCAAUCUUUCCUGCUGGCCCAGUCUCUGGCUCCCCCGGAGGCCUCCCCCGCGCAGUCCAUAGACAGGGAUUCCACACAGAGCCUAGCUACCACUACAAAAACAGGGAGACUACACAGGCUACUGGACGCCCUAUCCCUGCCACUAAACAGGACAUUCUGGACAUGCUGAUUGGGCUACAACUAAACCUGAGACAUAUGUGGGAAGCAGACUUGAAGGUUUUUGCAACUGAGGUACAAGCAGUGCAAACCUGCACCCAAGCCAUAGAAGAAGAGAUACAGGGCCUAAAACAUGGCAUGGAUUGUCUAAACAACAUGGUGCGCCAACUGCAAGCCUCAUAACCUCACUUGGCAAGUCACCCUGCUGAACGACAGAGGUAGAAGGAAGAACAUAAAAAUCGGGGGUAUCAGAGUCUGUGCUUCUGGAAGAACUCCCACACUUCAUCAGGCGCCUAGUGACCUCGCUACUACCCACGAAACAAACCAAACAUUUCACAUUUGAUGGCAUUAUCCUAAGAUGUCAAACUCUAUCUGAUAAGAUGGCCUUAAUGGCAGUACUUAAAGGACAGACGCCUUAUGAUUUUGAAUUGAGCCAAAUAGCAUUUUUUUAAAGGACUUAAGCAGAGCCACACUACUUUGGUGAAAGAGCAUGCAGCCUAUUACCAACCAUCUCCAGACGGCGGGACUCCCCUACAGAUGGUCCACCCCACGGUCAUUGUAGGUCACCAAAGCCAGUGAAACAUACAAAAUCUCUGACCCCACGAAGGGACCUGCCCUGCGAGCAACCUUGGGACUCUCUAAUCGUAUCACCACCAAACCGAGCUCACAUAUACGUACCUCAACACUGGGAGAUGAGAAGCUCCACGACAUAAGGCUUGAACUCUUAAGACCAGCAAACCUAUAUAUCUCUGUUUUAUAGUUUCUGUUUGUUUAGUUUCUGCUUGUUCCUGCCACAAGCCCGUACUACCAGGACUUCUUUACCUCCAGCAUGGAGAACACAAACUCCGCCAGUUUCGGCGAUCGCUCACCACUCAGAUGAUAUAUCUUUCCCCCCCACCUCCAUCGCCCCAUGGUAAAGGGGUAAUACCCUCAGGGAAGCACUUACAUGGUAAAGGGGUAAUACCUUCAGGGAAGCACUUGCACUGAGCACCCUCAACAUACUGGAUAAAGCCUCACACUAAUUGCUCCAUCCACAAAGAGUGGUCCCAAGCAACUAUUCUCACGCUACACACAUGAUGGCUUUUACCUAGUCUAUUCCAUAGUUUAUUCAUUCAGAGUGCUGUCACAUUUUAGUAGACUACCCAAUGCGUGAUAGUCCAAGCGAUCUCUUUAGGCGCAAGCGACUAAGACACCACACUUAACUUCAUAGCUUAAUUUGAUGCCAGACACCUCACCAAGGGUCUCACACACAGCUAGUCUACCUCGAACAAGAAAUGUAUGCAUAGUAUAACACGUUACAACCUAAAUUUUGAAGUUCCUAACACAUGAUGAAACCUUAUAACUGCCUAGCGCACUCAUAACUGUGCAAUGUCAUAACUAUGAUUAGACCUGUUAAGUGCCUGUUAAUAUGACUUUAUCUUAAUAACAUGUUCCAGCCUAUGCUAAACCAUUUGCACUGAAAAAAUGAAAGAUUUAUUUAAAAAAGUACAUUGUAGUGAAUACAAAAAAAAUAAUAAAGUGCCAUAAUAUUGAAAAGACUCUAGCCCAUUUAAUAAUCUGGGUUCCCAAUAAAAUUAUAAAUCAAAUCUAAUUUGUAAUAAAACUUUACCUACUUAGUGAUUUCAUAUAGUGCAGACUAUGAGAACACACAUACAGAGAUGUAAGGUCAAGGGCUUUAGAUGAGAUGCAUAAAUAUAUAGUUGCUUAUACAAAAGGCCAGCUAUGACUGGUCCAUACAACACGUAUCUGUUUUGCAAUAGAUCAAGAUUCUGAACUGAAUCUUGUUGCCCAGCAUCUAUUUAACCAAGAACAUGUAUUUUAUCCUUUCACAGUCCCGGCAAACAACUUAAUCAUGAAAGCCUUAUGCAAGGUCUCCAAUGUCAAGAUUUUCACAGAGAAGCUGCUGUUGCUGUUAAAUAGAGGUGGUAAGUGUCUAGAUACUUGUGCUUUCUAGCCUGCUGUACUUUUAGUUUAAAGACCAUUCUGGGGGAGCUUUUCAAAGUGAAGCCACCUUUUAUCUGAAUCUUCUUUUGUUUCCAUUUCUCGGGUAGAUGAUCCAGUUUGCAUCUUCAAGCACCAGCCUCAGCCCCCACAUUCUGUCCUGAAGAUCCUCCAGGAUGUGUUCUCCAGCAAAGACACUGCAAAUCUCUUUUACCAUUCGGAUAUGAUGGUUCUGAUUGACAUAAUUGUGCGUCAGAUUGCCGACCUUUCACCUGGAGAUAAGGUGAGCUUUGGGAGGGAAGAGAGUUCUCACUUAGUUUAAUCAGCGAUGUGGGGUUAGGCUAGGAGCCUCUAUACUACAGUGCGUUGCAUUUGUGUUGGGGGUAGGGAGAGUGUUAAUAAGAAUACAUUAGAGCAGGCUUCCCCCAAACUCCGGCCCUCCAGGUGUUGCUGAACUACAACUCCCAUGAUUCUCAGCCUAUCUAUUUCAUUCAUAGAAUCGUGGGAGUUGUAGUUCAGCAACAUUUGGAGGGCCGGAGUUUGGGGAAGCCUGCAUUAGAGCAAUGAAAAAUAAACCUGUUGACUUGGGUAGCUACGCACAUAAUGCAUAAAUAGUCCUCUCACACCUCACCCCUCUUUCAGUCCUUACAUUGGCUUCCUGUAUCCUAUAGGAGUCAAUUCAAAGUGCUAACCCAUACCUAUAAAGCACUGAAUAAUCUUAGCCCCUCUUAUAUCUCCUCACAGAUCCAUAGGUAUGCCCCUUCUCGGUCCCUCCGCUCUGCCCGUGACCACCUUCUGUCCGUCGCUCGUACCCGUACAGCCAACUCUCACUUGCAGGACAUUUCGCGGGCGGCUCCCGUCCUAUGGAAUAGCCUGCCUACCACCAUCAGACUCUCACCUAGUUUUCAGUCAUUUAAGUGCCCUAAAACUCAUUUCUUUAGGAAAGCCUAUGGCCUCCCAGACUAACCUCCACCUCACAUACCUGCCUCUUACUCUCUCCUUAAGGGCAGCACUCUACUCUCUACUCCAGCUCUGCUCCACUCCCACCUAAUUUGACUUCUUUUCCAUGUCCUAAUGUGUCUUAUACCCCACCUCCUAUAGACUGUAAGCUCGUUUGAGCAGGGCCCUCUUCAACCCUUCGUUUCUUUAAGUUUUCUUGUAAUUGUCCUAUUUAUAAUCAAAUCCCCCCUCUAAUAAUAUUGUAAAGCGCUACAGAAUCUGUUGGCGCUAUAUAAAUCGCAAUAAUAAUAGUAAUUGUGUAGAAUUAAAAAAAGUGAAUUGGAACCCAUUACAUUGUAAUGCAUUCUAUAGAUAGUUUAAUCAAAAAUACUUAGCUUGCAAGAUUUCACAUGGUCUGUGUGCACUAUGGAUUUGUAAAACAAAAAAAACCAAAAUCUAAAAAAAAUUAAAAAAUCCAUGCAUAGCAUGAAUUCCAACAUGACAUUACAUUUUUCAUAUCCUUAUUCUGUGUUGAUCCUCAAUUAUCUGCGCUGUUAAAGCAAUGAUAUUUACAUAAUUGAUUUCCACUAUUGAGAUUUGUGAUAUUUACGGUCUGUGUGGGAAUUUAGACAUAUGUCUUCAUUUUCCUCUUUUUACCUUGCAGUUCAGCAGUACUGCAAAUGUGACAUGGGUACAUGUUAAUUAAACGUUUCAUACAAGAUACAUAAUGGACACGAUAACAGCCACAAUAUAUAGUAUAAAUCUUUUAUUAGAACAACUGAAACAAUCAAUACAUAAAAGGACAAAGCAACAAAAAAGGCAAACAGUACACCACACAGUAAUUACCUAAAUAUCAUAAGCCUCAAGACAGAAACACGAGCCACCAAUCCCCCCAACGUUGCAGCACCUAAUGGUUGGUCAGACACCCUUGAUAAAGGCAACCAGUGGGUGCCCAAACAAUGGGGGGGAUUGGUGGCUCGUGUUUCUGUAUUGAGGCUUAUGAGAUUUAGGUAAUUACUGCAUGGUUUGCAGUUUGCCUUUUUUGUUGCCUUGUCCUUUUAUGUAUUGAUUGUUUCAGUUGUUCUAAUAAGACUAUGAAUCGUGGCUGUUAUAGUGUGCAUUCUUUAUCUUGUAAAGAUUGGUUUAUUUAGGCAUAUUAGGGAGUGCCUGUAUAGUUUGCACUUAGCUGUUGUGUAGCAUAUUUUUUUGUCUCUCCAUGUGUUUUGGGCUAUUAUAAUUAAAAGUAACAUGUCAUGUAGACGUGCUAGCCAUAUUAUUUUGAUUUAUAAACUCCCUGGCUUAAAGUAAAUAUUUAGGAUACAUAAGCUGUUAAUUUCAGCCUCUCUCUUCUCAAUUGCUUUCUCCGGUGAUACUGUCACACUAGGAACUGAAAACUGCGUGCAGUCAUGUGAUGGUACCUGGAUGUUGAACUUGAACUAAAAGUAACCAUUUCAGUGCAGUAAUCCCGUACCUAAAGAUGUAAAUUUUGUACUGUGGGUCAUAUAUGUUCUGAUGCAGUCAGGUAAGAAGGGAGCUUGAAAUUAACUGCUUGGAUUUAACGUGCCUGCAGGUUAGGAACUACGAUUUUAGAGGUUUAGGAAACGGAUUUGUUUGUGAUGCAUAGUCCAUGCACUGCCCCUCUGGUAAAAUACAUUGAUUAAUUUAUAAUUUGCUAUUUUUCUGUGCCUUUAUUAUGGCAAGUGCACUAGAGCACAGAAAAAUCUUUAAUAUGUUGUAUUGUGUUGUUUUUCCAAUCGUAACACUAGAAGAAUUGUGUGAACACUUUAUCUUACAGCUACGGAUGGAGUAUCUCUCACUGAUGCACUCCAUCAUUCGUUCAACCGACUACCUCCAACAUCUGCACCGCCAUCAGGACCUUCACGGAAUCCUGCAGCGCAUUUUAGCUGAAGUAGAGGAAGAGCCGCACUGUCAGAUGGAUAAAAUGAUCGCUCAAGAAAUAUACAAAGAGUUCCCCGAGUUCUCUCCAGAAAGUGGAUAAACGUCAACGGAUGUGGCACAUGAUUUGGUUAUCUCUACUAAUCACUUAUAACAUUAUCAUAUGCACCUUUUAACUACCUUUUAACUGCACAGGAACAUUUCCAUCGCUGUUAACCCUUGUCGUUCUGAGGUGGUGUCAUUUCUUUUCAUGCCUCUUAGCAGUAACAGACCAUGUUCCCCAUAAGUACUCAUUUAUGACUUACCCAGUGCUGCUGUUUUUUUUUGUUUUUUUUUUAAAAAGAAUCUUCGUUCAGCAUACCUUUCUGCAUUAAGUAGAUUUCAUAUAUGUGCAUACUGUAUUGUUUGGUUGUUGCAAAGAUUUCUUUGACUGAGUCAGUGCCAGGCUGCUCACUAAAAAGUACUUUGAGGCAAUAUUGGUCACAAGGUUCGAGAAAAUGCAAAACCUGUCCAGUGUCUUUUUUUAAAUCUACCAACACCAAUAUGUGAAACUUUACAUUUUUGGAUUUUGCCCCACCUUUUUUUGACUGAUGCAAAUCUCAUCCCUUUGUUAGCACUGAAAUUGUUAGGAAUUACUUCAAACUGGAUCUAAAUAGCGUCUGACUUUUUUGAUAGUACUUUGCCCAUUGUGUUCGUUUUGUGUUUUUUCGUGUGUAUAGAUUAUCAGCCUAACAAGCAUAGUUUAGGUUACAAAUCUCUUAACUUUGUUUCUAACAAAAAACAUUUAAUGAUUAAACUCAUGCAGCUAUCUACUCCAUGGUCUCUAGGUACCAAAUGUGACAUUGUUUCAGGGUCAGUAUUGCAGCUUGCAGUUGCAUGCCAUUAGCGGAUGAUCUAAAAUUGUCUUAACACACAAUAAAUGUCUCCAAUUCCUAUACUUGCAAAAUUCUACAUAUUUGAGUGGGUUCCUUUCCUUAUUGAUGUCUCUAAUAUAAAUAUCUUUAAAUGUGUUUAUAAAUAGUAAAGAAAUGACUUGCUUUGUAAGCAAAUAACUGUCCUAGGGCGUUACCAGAAUCCUCCUUUAUUUUCCCUAAUAUGACAAAAAGUAGCAUGGUAACCAGAGAGCAAUGUUCACUUGAAGACUCAGGGAGGUUUACAAUGCAUUUAUCAAUAAAAGAGGUAAUCUGCUUCCGUGUUUGUUAGGAUAACAGAAUAAUAGACAUAGUUUGCUAUGCAAUGCUCCAAUAUUAGCAUAUUACAUAUGUUUGCUUCUUUAACUUGGGUCAUGUGUUCUAAGCUAGAGGAAAAAAAAUACAGACAAGCAUGAAGCGGGGACUAGGCAUGUAGAUUGUUCUAGGCUUACAUCACAAUCUAUGGACCUAAAAUGAUGGUGCUUAGUGCAAUAACCCACAGCUUAAAAAUAGUUAUUUACAGAGGGGUAAUAAUCAUAACUCACUAGUUUAUCUAUACUAUUGAUUGGUAAAGGAGAAGAUAGGCAUAAAACCACAAUUUCUGCCUGUCUGAUACAAAAUGUGUUUAGCAAGAUUUUGCUGCUGCCGCUGAAAGUGAAGAGCCAUUUUUUGUAAACCAUUUUACUUUAGAGGUGAUUGUACCCAAUUCAGAUGGGCUUCUACAAAACCCAUAUUCAUUAGGCUUCUACCAUGGCAUGCAAGUAAGGCUUAAGGCUUUAUUCACUAAUAGUUGAUUGUAAGCCAAACUGCAAAGCAUAGGCUAAAAUGGAAACGGGUCUCUAACUCCACUACAGUUAAAGCUGGACUGUCAUGCAAUUCUGUCUACAAUUUGGUCUAAAAGAAUGUUACGAUUUUGGAAUCGUAUCGGUUGUUUCCUUUAGUAAGGGGCUCUAUAGUUAUAUGAAUUAUUCUUUUCGGUACAGGGGAUAAGUAUACAGAUUAGUAACAUCACUGCACCCACUGUAGAGAGCCACCCUGUGGAGUGUAUUGAACUCUGUAUUAAUAACAAAGGGAAGAAAAAGAUCCUCGUUACAGCUACAAAAAGACUAUGAAUACCAAAUUGCAUAGAAGAACAUGACUCUGCUUGUUGACUCUAAUGGGUGCAUUACAGUACGGAUGUGCACUGAGUCCAGUCCUUUAUUCACUUGCAUUGCUACUUAACUCUGCCUGUAUUUCUAAUCAGUCCCUGGUGUAACUUUGCAAAAACCACAAACUGAGAAUUUAAUUUUAUGGACCUUUCCUAAAUGUCAUAACGCCCACAUCAUCCGCUAUGCAGAACAAUGUCGUACAAUGAACUGCAUAAUAAAGCAUGCACUACAAAGAAAACUAACAAAAAAAUGUCUGUCCUUUCUCCCUUUUUAUAUGUAAUAAAUCAUAGAAAAUAAAUUUGUUCGCUCUAUUCUCUGUUUUUUUUGUAUUCAUUUUAACUAAAAGCAUCACGUGGAUUAAAAGUAACAUAAUGUGUUGUAGACCGUUUAAAUUUGAUUAUAAGUUUU